AUGGCAGAGCGCAGGAGAAACCGGGACAAGGCAGAGACAGAGACAGAGGACGACCUGCCCGUCUAUCUGGCUCGUCCCGGCACGGCAGACCAGGUUCCCCGGCAGAAAUACGGCGGCUUGUUCUGCAGCGUGGAGGACGCCUUUGAGAGUAAAACCAUAGACUUUGAUGCUCUGAGCGUCGGCCAGAGGGGCUCCCGCACCCCGAGGACCGCCAAACGGGAGACCGGUCGGGAGGUGAGGAGCCCGGGGAGCGAGAACUACAAGAGACCCCCUGGAGUGGAGAGCUCCACCACAGCGAGCACGAGGGGAGGCUCACCUGAGAGAGGGAGCAGAGGAGGGAAAGAAGAGCUGCAGAACCUGGGAGAUGAGGAGGUAAGGAGACUAAGUUUUGCAUGACAUAAGGGAUGAUGAUGAUGAUGCAGCAAAUGAAGUGACAGGAAUGAGGAGGGGUCUGCUGGGUGACCUAACUUUUCAGAGUAGACUGAUGUUCAUGCCUCAAAGCUGUUCACACUCCAGCUGUCAUGCUGUAGGUUUGCUUGUAGGGCUGGGCGAUAUGGGGAAAGUUUAUCAGGAUAUAUAUUUUUUCCUAUCAGUCAAUAUCGAUAAAUAUGAUAUAAAAAAAGAAAUGUAACAGUGCUUAUUGGUAGCAUGUCUUUUGUAAUACAAUAAGUUACUGCAUCUGUGAGGUAUUUCUGUCUCUGACGUUUUGUUGUAAGGCGUUGUGCUAGAGAAAGUGGACUGAAUGGUCGGCUGUUUCGGCUGCACAAGCGCCAUGGACUCCUUGCUUCAUUCGGGGUUUGUAACCUUUUGCUUUGCGCAUGCUCUGCGGCGUGGCACUGCUUCAGGUGGUGAAAAAGAUUUGAGAUAUUCCCCGACUUUGCGAGAACAUGUGAUCGACAUAAUUUGCAGUACACAUUACCCCUCUUCCUGUCCAACCAUAAAUAACCAAAAUACCUCUACACCACCGACUUUUUUGUGCUGGUGUUGUCGACAAUGUCAUCAUCAGUGCUGUCGGCUUCACCUGUUAAAGUGCUAUGGUUGCGUGUUGCUGCUGCCUGCUACUACGCAGUUGUUUACUACUUGGUUCUAAUUCAGCACAUGAUUGGUUAAGCGAGAAGCGGACUUGGGACUUGGAGCAACUCCCCUUUUCAUUGGCUAUUCGUAUAGUCUACCAAAACACGGCGAAAUGCCAACUAUUGAAAAGCAUAUUGAUUAUGUUUUAUAUUGAUAUAACAGGAAAUCGUUAUUGUUUUAUCGCCCAGCCCUAGUUGCACGUACACAUUAUCUCAAUGAGAGGCUUAUUUUAGACACACCAUACAUUAUAGGUUUGAUAUACAAUGCUGCCACAACACUUUAAGGCACAUUUUUAAUACAUUUGUGGUUUUCCAGUCUAUAUAUAUAAAAAAAGCCAGUUACUGUUGCCAAAAGCUAAAAGUUUAAGAUAUCAGGUAAAGAAGGUAAUCUAAUGAAAAAUGCUGCAAGAUUCAAAACACUUGAUUUAUUGUGAAAAUAGUCACUGAACAACUCAAAGAUUGAGGACUAAACAGGUGAUCAACUAGUCGCUGUAGCUCAACAUGCAUUGUAGAGAAGAUAUAUUUCCUCAACAGGUAUUCAGUGUACAUGUCACAGAGUGAAAAUUAGAUUUUUCUGCAAACAAAAUUGGCCUUUAGGGUAGAUAAGGGGGAAAUUUUACUUUGUCUGCCAAAAUGAUGAGGAAAUGAGACAGACAUACGACUCACAGCCAACAUUCAUCAGCAUUUGUUUGGAUAAAAACACUCCUCAAGCUCUGAGGAAAAUUUAGCUAAUGUAUCACGCGAUUCGACUAUCAGCGACAAAGCACGCACAAAGACUGGAAAGCCUCGAGGCUGAACAAAUGAAAUUUUCUGUCAUCUGUACAGGAGAGGUCUCAGCCACUCCAGACAUUACCUCUGUCCCAGAGAAACCACACAGCUGGCCAACACUGACUACAGAGACAAAAGAGUGUUGUCUGCACAUUUAGGAACCAAAUGAUUAUCUAAUUCAGUGUGAAAUGACCGUAAAUCUCACGACUAAUAUUCAAUAAUUAGGUGGGUAUAUUGUUAGAAUUGACACUCCGGUGUCGGGUGCCCUAGAGGCAAAUGUGCAGUAUUGUAUCGACAACUAUAAUGGCUUUAACCAAUAAACAAUUAAGACUUGGAUGAAGCAGCAGUAAAAGGUACUCAGGUUUUUUUGUGAUAGACUUUACUUCAAAUGAUUGGACAAUAAUUCUGACACAUAUACUCUCAAAACGAAGCUUAAGGCACCCAGACGAGUUAAAACUUGUUAAUAUUUUGGCUGAGAUCUGUAGAAGUUGCAGACGUUUUCAGGGUUAAUUUUCCGUUCAAUGUUUUCAUAGAUGCUUUUGGCAUUUGGAACUGUUGCAAUAGAGAGCUUAUUGAGUUACUAUAAGAGCUGAUUACUCAAAUGAUUGUGGAUUUUUAGCAGGACCUGCGUGAGUCACAAUAAUUAUAUUAAAGAGUAUGGGAGUUUGUUUUUUUUCUAGUAAUAAAACAGACGGAUAUCAAUCCUGAUGCCUCUUUGUGACCUACAAACACAAAUAAAACUACAAGGGGAAAUAUUGAUUAUUCCCAUAAAGUGAUUUUUAUGUCCAUCAUCUCGCUCUGGGAAAGCUGUCUGGCAAAAUCAUUAACGGCACACUGCCUUUUAAAGAAAUUUCUGCACCAAAGACAAACUGAAGGUCAGAGUAUGUAGAGUAUUUAGGUUAAAAGUUAAUAGCCUUUCCCACAGUCCUGAAACUUGAAGACAAUUUCAGGAUAUGCUGGAUAAAACAUCACCCAUCAUGAAAAUGUCAAGACCCCACCCACGUGGCCCUAUAAAUGCUCAAGCCUUUGACCUUCUGUGUUCAUACAUCGGCUCAUUCUGACGUCAUGCAGACAUUUUCCUGUGGUUUAGGAAACAGUGCUAAAAAAAUCAGAUGUACGAAUAUGGCCGUUUUCAUUAUCAUGGGUAGAGUGCAUGUGCGAAAGGUGCUUCAUAAGGCAGACAGAUUGACUUAAGAAUUACUGUGAUUUUUUUUUUUCUACAUUAGGAAGCUGUGACAGUGAGCUAGCAUUCAUACCUGACUAUCAUGGCUCUUGAUCAGCACAAGAUAUUUCCUCCAGCUGAUAAAUGAGACUUGCAGGAAGUUUGUACUUCUCUCUGUCAGAUUCUGGCUCUCUGGGCACCAAAAACGAUGAUUCAUGUCACUUUCUCUCUUUGUCUCUGGUACACACCCAUUCACCCAGACACUCUCUCAAACUUGGCUCAGAGAGGAGAGACUGUUUUAUACAAAGUGUGGAUGAAUACACAUUAGUCAUUGCUGAGCUGGUCACAGAUUAGCUCACAAAAGCACGACUAGAAGACAUUAGUUUUUACGAGAGGCAGGAAAAAUCUGACAUCACACAACAUGUUAUAGAUUACAGUAAAUCUGAAUCCAAUAAGAAGUGAAUUGUUUGCUUAAAUAUCCAGAUGUAUUAUCAGCCUGAAACACUGCUCUGUAAUCAGCAGAAGCAGAUUGUGUUUGCUGUAUUUAAAACGAGUGGAAAGUAAACACCGAACUUUCUCCCUGUGCGUUUUUCUUUAUGUUUUAUCAGAGUGGUGACAUGAGGUUUUGUUAGUGUGGCUGCAAUAAUAAGUGACAUAAAGAAACACAAAUGACACAAGUUCCACUCAUUGUUUCCACUUCUUAAAUACUGCCUGAUUCAUGUCUAGUUUUUGCACAAAACAACACAAUCGUCUGUUUCUGCUGCGGCAGCAAAAGUCUUUAGAUUCACUCUAAAUCUCUGGAGACUCAGCGAAAAUCUAAACAGUGACAGAGCUGCUGGAAAACUUAAAGGGAGGUGAUUGAAUUCACAAAUCUUUAUUGAUUUGGGAACAGUCAUACAUUUUCAGACCCUUUGUUGAGAGAAACCAGCAGGAACACAUUAGAGAUAGACUGACUUAUCGUUUGGCUGAUAAGUCUUUAAUCUAACGAGCAUCACACUGACGGCAUCGGCCCUCACAAGGCCAGUAUCAGCGUAAUGUUUCCAGAUGAGGGUUUCCAGUCUUAAUGCAGCUAAUCUGCGUUAUCAUAAACUCUAGUUAUGAGAGUAAAGAGUUCAAGUACUGUUGAUCUGGAUGUGAGUCAGCUAAUUUGAUUGGUUGAGAGCUAAAAUAAGCCUCACAGUUCUGGGCUCAGUCAAUACCUGUGACCUAAAGUUGGAUUCACAGCAAAUGGUCAAGACAGCCUCCUUCCUCUCUUAGUUCCUCUGCUGUUGGCACACAGGCUACAUUACUGCUUUUGGGUUUUAUUUUUCCCGUGUCCAUUCAUUUUGAGAUAGUGUUUCAAGUCGAGCUGUCUUUGAAAGUCUGACUUCCUGACAAUGUAUAAUAGAGCUGGCCGAUAAACCGAAAAUUUACCAAUAUUGAAAUUUAUGACAAUAACCAACGUCAUUUUGCCCAUGUCAAUAUAUUCGGUGUCAAAUAAGUGAAUAAAUAAAAGUCGGUUUUAGAUGUGUGUAGCUAGGCUAUGGUCUUAUGUCCCUUUAAGAGAGAUGACUCCACCCCAUCUAGUCCGUAACAAAGAGGGAAAGACAGGUGAGGAGAUGAAGGACGGUUCAGAAGUUGUAGCGGCUAGAUGAAGUUAAUGAGGGAGGGGGUGAGCAGCUUGUUGAGUCGUUUUCGUCCUUUUAUCAUUAUUGAGGUGAACUGCUCAAUAUAUCUUGAUAUUGAUUUGAGGCCAUAUCGCCCAGCCCUAAUGUAUAACACUUUUUCCUCUAGUAGUGUAUGCUUACCUUUUAAGUUCCUUAUAGUUUGCACAAAGCCAGGACAUAUUCAACUGCCUCAUCUGUACUUUAGAUAUGUCUGAGUUAUACCACUCUGCUACGAGAAGGUAAAACUGAAAAUUAAAACUACAGAGGUUUUAAAAAUCAGACAGUCAGUCUCUUUAUUUAUGCAUGAAGAUGUACAAAAACUUCAGGACACUAUUUGAGUGAGAGUCAGUUUUAUUUAAAAGAUGAAACCAAAGUACCAUAAAACUACUUUGUUCCUCCCCCCAUCCUAGAGUCCAACUUGGUAGAGUCCACACUACCAAAACCAAGAGUGCGUUCAGCUUCGACAAAACGUAAAAUAAAAAUUAGAAUAAAUUUAUCUAAAUAGAAAUUUAACUCCCUAUUUUUGAGCUUUUUACACAUGUGCAUUUUCUGCCUUUUUAAUACACCUUUAUUGAAAAACUAACUUCACAGCUUAGGUUGCAGUUUAACGCAGUUUAGAGGAAUACACAAACUUGAAACGAGAGAUGGUGCAUUCUGGUUUUAGACUUCCUGACAGCACCAUCCUCAACUUAAUAUAAUACAACAUAAAAACUGUUAAGCCAUCAAACCUUAAAACCAAUUCCAGUGAUAAACAAAUACAUAUCCUCACAUUUUAAGAAUAUAUUUCAGUAAACUGUGAACUCCUCCUUUCUUCUUGAGUCUUCAGGGAGUGAAGCUUCUUCACAGCAUCUUUCUUUAAACAGCUUUAAUGAAUACCGACUCUGAGCGUUGAGAUGAUUACUCCUCUGAUCUUUGACUGUGUGCACCCCCGGUGUACCCUUCCUAAGUUUGGCAGGAAGCCAGUUCCCCUCCUGCUGGUCUAAUUCUGAACUGCAAUAUUGCACCUCCUGAGGGACCAGAUGAUUCAGCAGAAACACACAGACUGAGGACGGUGCUGCUGUGUGAUUUUUUUUUUAAUGCUUUGUCUGGAAACUGUUUGAGUAGAUCAGACUGACAAUUCGCUUACGAGUGACAUCUUAGAAUAAACGCUUUAAUACAAACUGAUAGGAAGAGCUGCCGGUUUUUCAUGUCUGACUUUAUCUUCCUUUUCUUUGUCGUUGUUUUCCCUUUGGGUGAAACACUGUCACAUUGAUCCAGUUUGUAACUGAUAUUUCAAAGCUGAAUUUGCCAUUUUCUGUUUAUUAAUAUUUAAUACUUUCAAUUGGCUUGUUGGAACAAUAAGAAUCAUGACUAUAGAUUUUAUUGGUUUCCUUCUGUCUGGAGAGCUUAUUAGUGCAAUCAGCUGUAAUGGAGCAGAGAAAGGGGAGUGGUCAGCCAGAUGUCCAUGAGUGCUGUUUUGGGGAACUCCCCCUCCCUCCUCCCUCUCCCUCUCAUCCUCCUCUUUGUUAUCCUGCAGGGUGGAGGUUAGACUGGGUGGAGCACUGCCUCCCCCCCUAACAGAAGAUAUACAUCCCCUUAUAUACACAUGUACGCUUAUACCUAUCUAUGCACAUGCAUCCAGGUAUAGACGCGUAUAAGUGCUGUAAUAAAAAUAGUUGAUUUGUAAAUAAGCGGCUUGAGAGGAGCUUUGUCAUGGCUGAUGAAACAGCCUGAGUGACGUCAUAUUGAUGUCGUUAGCGUAACUCAGUUUGGGCGCUGACAUAUUAUGGAGGUUAACACAAAGACUGAUACUGAUACUGAAACUGAAACUGGUGAAUUAUGUGCAUGAGGAUAUCCGAGAUUCUACGCCAUCCUUUUCCCUCUUGCAAGUCUUGCAACUUUUCCAGAUACAUGAUUAGACUUUGGGAAUGACUUUAUCAUUUCUUACACAUUUUUCCUGUUAGCAAACACAUUUUUACAGGCAUGUAUGGUUCUUUCUUACCGAAAACUGCAGUAAUGUGCCGUUAUUCGCAACCAAUUCCACAGUGUAUACCUAAAAAUGUGGAAAAUGGGAUCUGAGUAGGUAGGGCUAGGAGAUAAGGCCUCAAAUCAGUAUCAUGGUAUAUUGAGCAGUUCACCUUGAUAACGAUAAAUGGACGAUAACUACUCAACAAGCGGCUCACCCUCUCCCACAUUAACUUUGUCUACUUCAGCCUCUACAACUUUUGAACCGUCCUCCAUCUCCACACCUGUCUUUCCCUCUAUGUUACGGACUGGAUUGGUGGAGUCAUGUCUCUGACGUAGGACAGCGUCUUAAAGGGACAUGAGACCAUAGCCUACCUACACACAUCCAAAACCAACUUUUAUUAAUGGGCAAAAUGACGUCGGUUAUUGUCGUAAAUUUCGGUAUCAGUAAAUUUUCAGUUUAUCACUCAGCCCUAAUUUCAGGCCUCGUUGAUAACUGAUAUAGGAGCUGCUUUUACCCUCAUUUUAAAGCAGCUUCUCUUAUCAUUUUGUUGCACUUCAUCGUGGUAGACAUACCUCAAAGUACUGGAACAGGGUGUCUGUUGGUGUCUAGUGGUUAGGGGACUUUGAAAAUAGAAGUGCUUAGUCUAUUAUUAGCAGUUACAUAGUCACCGGUCUAUCUCUAAUGUGUACCUGCCAGUAAAUUUAUCUCAACUUCAAGAUUAAAUGUGUAUCCUCCAGCCUGCAGACAUGUUGUCAACCCUUAGAAAGUGGUAAAUUAAAUCUCAUGCAUGGCUUUUUUGAGGAGUAAAAUAUAGUUUGUGGAUCUCUAAAAAACAGAUGCACAAACUAUAUUUUCCCUUUGCUGAUUUGUUUCUGCUUCCUUUGGUUCGAAGUGAUCACACUUUAGCCGGGAUUGUAAACGUGACCGUCUUCUCCUUUGGGGCCACCGAGGUGCUUAGUGUGCUGGUGCAGCUUUAAAGACCUGACUGAGUGUUUUCUGCAUCCCUGAUCUGUCUGAGUCCUGUCUGUCUCUCACUGUCAGCUGCUUGAUGUGGACUGCAGAGGUAGCAGGCCUGAAAACUUCAGCUGUGUUGUUAUUAAUGCAUUCUCACAGGCUGGCCGAAGAACGCUGAGGUAAUGCUUAACAGCGACUCACUGCCAUGAAAGGACAUGUCAGCAUGCAGGCGCAGUGAGGCUGGAGGCAGGAGAAGUCAAUCAAUUGACACUGAUUUCUUUAAGAAAAUCUAUUUAUUGACAAAUUAAGUCCCUUUAUACACAACAUUUACGAUUAUAGAGAAACUGUGGAUGAGUAAGUAAACUUAAACGUGGGCUGAUAGAAAUAUUUCCAGUAUGAGGAAAAUAUUAAAUUUCAUAUUAAUGUUGCUUUUCAAAUAAGUAGGGCUGCCUCUUUGAGUUAAAAUAAAGGACAUCUCCAAAAGAUGAAUGUUACUCAAAAUCUUUCAAAAUGUAGAUCUGUAUCUUGAUAAAAAACAAUAAUGAAAACAGACUUGACUGCCCACUCACACACAAACACACACACAAUUACACACUUGUGCAGUGCACACAAACACAUAGAUGGACACACCCUGAGUCACAUGCACUCUCAUUAUGUUUGCAUUAGUCCGGAGGAGCAGAGUGGUGGAGGAAAUGACUGGUGAUCCACUUUGGGUUCAAACAAUAGAGACACAUGGUUAGGUGGGGGCAUGCUGAGGGUCUGUGAGUGUGUGUGUGUGUGUGUGUGUGUGUGUGUGUGUGUGUGUGUGUGUGUGUGUGUGGGAGUAGACACGUGGGGUGUGUUGCCUGGUGGGCCAGCUCUGUGACAGCUGCCACACCAUUUCACCCCUCCUCUGUUCAGACAAAAACAAAACACCAAAAUCUGAGGGCAGUGUUCAAAUUAAAUUCACACUUAAAACCUACAUGAAUCAGAUUAUUUCACACUUUUAUUCAUUCAUGUAAGACCAUUUUUUGUCUAUUUAAUCUUGAGGGAUUUCAGAUAACUAAAUACUUUUAAUAAUAAGUUUAUUUUUAUAGCACUUUUAAAAACAUAAGUUUACAAAGUGCUUUGACAAACAGUCGUAAAGCAUCAGCACAUGGAAAUAAAAACAAAUAAAAGACAAAAGCUCAGUUAAAAACAAGGCUUCUGAAUUGAAGGCCAAUUUCAUUUGUCAUAAGAAACCCAGACAAUACAAGAACCCUACAACAUAAAAUGAGACCAUGAGGACCGAAAUAAAAACAUAAAAUAGGUAAGAAAAAGAAAUGUAAUAAAAAGGGGGGUAGAAAGCAGGAAACGGGAUAGUAAAUAUGAAAAGAAGAUAUUAAUCUUGAUAAUAAAAUCAUAAUAAAAUAAUAAUGAUGGUAAUAUUAAUGAUAAAAUGGAAUAACAAAAAUGAGCAGGUAAAACAUUAAAAUCAAUUAAAGGCCUAAAAGUUUCAAUAAGAAAAGAUUAUAAGUAAAACAAAAGCUAAAAGGACAGAAAGUCGAAAUAAGAGAUAAAAGAUAAAAGUAAGUACUAAUGUAAAUUCAAAAGUACUAAGUGAGAAAUACCCGUAUAAUUCCUUUAACAUAGGUUCAGUUUCAUUGAUGAGUCCUGUUUUCUCUCUUCUUAUUGGCUUUAUGGUCCCAAUCAUUCUCCUCUAAUCAAUGAAUCAUUACCAGCCCCCUCCAUUGAUCCAUUCACCUUUUAUUGACUUUAGCAUGGAAACCACAGCACUAUAAACCAGUGAAUUUAGUACAAUUAUCUAUUAUUCUAUGUUAAAAUAUCCAAGCGGUCAGGAGUUGCAAAUAUUUCCCAUUUGCCAAGAGCUCUUACUUAUCUGUUCAUUUAACAUUAUUUUCUUGUUUUAGUCCAUCAGGUUUUACUCUUUCUUUUCACCACUUUUAUUUUUAUUUUUAUCUCCAGUGUUUCCCAGAGGUAGCUCUUUCCUCACGUAAUGCCUCGGUGUCAGGCCAUGUCUCUUUAAUCAUAUAUCUUAAAUUCUCACACUGUGUGUGCUUGUGUUUGUGAGUGAGGGUGAGUGUGUGGAUGUAGCAGAUGUAGCUUUGAACUAGGAAACUUGUCAUUGAGUAGCAUGGGAAGGAAGAAAGACUGAGAAAUGCCACACAAAGGGAAUCUUAAUUUCUCUAAUUAGGGGUUGUAAUGUGAGGUGAAGAGUAGAAAGGGUCUCUCCAAGGUAACAGGCAGGUGGACUUGGCCUUUGGCUGGACUGGACAAUGGAUAUGCUCUGAAUUUACAUGUCUGCUCCCAUGAUUCUGAUAGAUAGAUUCUGUCAUUAGUUGUUGUUUUUAACCUCAGUGAGGCACUUUUUUUGUAUGAAAAAUGCCAUAAAAAUAAAGUUAGAAUUUGAAUAAAUUAGGAAGAAAACGUGUGUCAGCAGCAGCUGGCCGCAGUCUGCUCCACAGCGCCCUCUGGUGGACUCAUACAGACACCGCUGAGGCUCGUUGAGGGAGGGGCCGGUGACUGAAGCUCAGACGCUCCUGUAGCUCUCUGAGCCACUUUACAUCGCACUGACAUAGCGGCCACCAUUCCCUGAAGCUCCCAUCCAACCGAGGGCCGCUGCAGCAUCCGCACAGAGGGAAUAUCGUUGUUCAGAGCUCGGCUUUUAAGGUGGAAUCGGACGGAAGAUGUCUUACCAAGGAAAAAAGAACAUCCCAAAGAUCACUGUGAGUAGAGGGACUUAUUCAUGCUUCACUGGCCGGGGGAACUUGGAGGCGCAAAUCACUGCGCGGCUGUGGAGAUUUAUCACAAAUGUGGUUCCUGAAAGACACGGAGCUCGUGGUUUUUUGUUUUAUUUCUCAGACUUGAUGGCUCGGGAAAAAUCCGCACUGUGGAAAGAGAGAGAGACAGAGAGAAAGAGAGGCAUGAGUGGCUGCCAUAGUGACAGUCAGGCAGGGAGAUGAGGCGUUUUCUUAAAGGUGUCCUGCAUCUUCUUUGUUGAGGGGAUCCAUGCGUGCUGAGAGCCGGCUCGCCCAUAAAAAAACCCCUCAGUAAUGCUCCUGCGGGGACAUGUGCUUGUCUGCGGUGCGUGGAUGUGGGUUAAGAAUGGCUGUAUCUGACUUAAUGGACGUUUUUAAUGGUUUGGUAGCAUAUCAGUAAAUUGCAUUAAUGUGCUUUUGAAGGCAGAUAAAUCCACACUGAGUGCCUCAAAUCUGAUUUAAAAAAUUAGGAAAAUGUGAUUUGGAGAUCUUUGAUUCUCUAGAAUGUGUGGGAGCAUUUCUCUUAUGAUUUAGGGAUUUGAGGCCUUAUUGAUCACUAAUAUGGGGGCCUAUUGUACACUGAUUUUUUUCAUUUUCAAUCAACAACUCUAAUCAAUUGAUGCACAUUACUUUGCGAGGCAUAAAUCAAAGUCUAAGAAAGAUGCGAGUAUCUAAAAUAAAGGUGAAUGAUAUGUAUAUAAUAAGAUGCUGUUAUGUAAAUGAGGUUUUUAUUUCCACAAAGGCUCUCAUUUGACUUGAUUUCCAGGUUGAAAUGUGUGCCCUGCGGUCUGCAGACAUGAGCUCCUGUUCAUGUUGCAGGCUGGUGCAGAGCAGAGUGAGAGGAGAGGAGGAAGAAAAAGAGGUGGGUGGGGGGGAAAUACACGCCCAUUUGUGAGGAGCUGUGAUAAGCUGGUCUUGUAGUGGGGCGUUUGUAGCCGGGGCUGCAUCACACAAGAAGAAGAAGAAAAAAAUGAGGAAAAAAUCAAACCCUUGUAAGAGCAUCUGUAGGGUGGAGGUUGAAUGUGGGGCAGAUUGUUGGUGGUGGUGUGUGUAACAAUCAAAUAGAAACCUCACUCCCACUUCCCCUCCUCAUCCUCUGUGUGUGUGUCAGCGUGUGACAGAGGGAGUCUGAAAUGCCUGCCUUCCACUUCUCAUUGUUGCGGCUCAGGCUGCAGUCAGGGGUGUGUUUCUGGGCUUUGUCCUGUCUCUCCAGCUGAUAUUACACCAAAAAGGGUGCCUUUGGAGGAUAGCUUGGGUAGCUUUGUGCCCCUGUAUGCUGCCUCUGUACUCAGAGCUCAGUCUCUGGAUGUCUUAAAGUAGGGCAUGUUUCUAUAAUGUGCUAAAGUGGGCCAGAGUUUUCCCUGGUAUGUUUUAUACGAUCAUUAUAGGAAUGGGAUUUUUAAUUUCACCAACCCCCAACAGAUUGGAUUAGUGUGUUUUCUAUAGCUUUCUUGUAUCCUAGAUUUUUGGGGUGUUAGACCCAUAGAAGGCGUGGUGCUUAUGUCACAAUACACACCACCGCGAUAACAUCUGUUACUUCAUCACGGUUCAUCGCAAAGUGGAAAAUCAGAAUCAUGAGUGAGCUGUCUGCACCUUGAAGGUCUUAAGAUAGACACUGUCUGCGUACUCCACGCCAGAUUUUCAAUUUCAAAGCGCGGAUUCGUAAAUGUACGAAGGAACUCAUGAUGUCCCCGACCAGGAACAGAGAUAAGGUGACUUUGCAUUUCUAACUGAAAGGAUACCAACUGCAGACUGUGUCUAAGAGGUCGCUGUGGCCUUGGUGACAUAACGCAGUGAUCUGUGGAAACUGGAGCCCAAGGUUUAGCAUUGUGGUGGCCACCAUCUUGCUCCAAUUUAAGAUGCCAAAUUCGGCUCACAAAGAACAGGCUAAUCUACACACCAAAUAAAAAUUAACUACCUACCCUUGAAAGUGGUUUUCAGUACAACCAAACAAUAAUUAUGGUGGAUGAAUGGAAAAACAAAACAUCAAACUUUAGAGGGAUAACCCUAACCCACCCACCAUAACCUUUACCAACCCCAACCUAAUCCUGUUAGCCCAUGUCCUUCUGCAACCCUAACAGAGAGGUUUGCAUCAUCAAACUUUGACAAUGGCUUUGUUUAUUGUCCAAAAGCAAAAAUGCAUUUUGCAACCUCUAGCGAUGAAUUGUGAAGCUAAUGCAGAGGUGCAAAAAUGCAGUUUCUUGAGUGUCAACCAGGGGGCAGAGUCCAAAGAAGCAUAAUUAGGUAGAAUUGGGGGUGUGGCUGAGUUGACGGUAGGGCUGGGUGAUAUGGCCUCAAAUCAAUAUCACAAUAUAUUCAGCAGUUCACCUUGAAAACGAUAAAUGGACAAUAACUACUCCACAAGCUGCUCACCCCCUCCCACAUUAACUUUGUCUAUUUCAGCUGCUACAACUUUUGAACCGUCCUCCAUCUCCUCACCUGUCUUUCCCUCUUUGUUAUGGACUGGAUUUGGUGGAGUCUCGUCUCGAAGGACGAAGGACAGCGUCUUGAAGGGACAUGAGACCAUAGCCUACCUACACACAUCCAAAGCCAACUUUUAUUUUUUCAUUUUUUGGUACUGAAUAUAUUGACAUGGGCAAAAUGUCCAUGUCCAAAUUUACGGUUGUUGGCGUAAAUUUUGGUAUCGGUAAAUUUUCGGUUUACCGCCCAGCCCUAUUAUACACAGUCAGAGAGUAGGACUUUUAAAGACAGCUAGACUUGAAACACUUGUGGACACUGAAUAUACUGACAUGGGCAAAAUGACGUCAGUUAUUGUCAUAAAUUUCGGUAUCAGUAAAUUUUUGGUUUAUCACCCAGCCCUAGCUGAUGGACAAUUGUAACUUCUUUUUAAGGUUGAAAGGAUAAAGCAAAUUAGAGGUACAGCUGCUUUAACUGAUGGACAGUCACACUGAAGCUGGUAGCGAAGAGGCUAAAGGCCCGCAUCAAGUCCUCUCUGCUACGCAGCAGAUUUACAGUUAGUUGGGUCGAGUCAGCAUUCUUGGCAUGGCGUCUGCUGUCAAUAGGCUUCAAAACUCCACCCCAGAAACCAAUGGGUGAUGUCACCGACAGUAUGUACAUGUUUUAUACAGUCUGUGCGUGUAAAGCAGAGAUAAGGGUUUUUAUUUUACCUCCGAACCUCUGUUAGGGGUUGAAGUACCUGUAUAGUGGGGGAAGACAUGGAUGAUGUGGAGCAACAGAGCCGGCGGGGUGAAACAGUGUUGUAUGUGCAUGUUGGAGUGUGCAUGUGACACUCCUGCCAUGUAUUUGCAAGCCAUGCCUUUCACUUCAGCAACACUAUAAUGCAACAAGACAUUGCUUUAGUAGAAAAAACUAGCCUACAGACUGAGCUCUGAAUCACAGCUAAAAGUUGCAGCUUGUUUCAUCAGUAAGUUCAGGAAUACUUUCAGACUUUCUUGAAGUCACCAUUAAACCUGUAUCUAUAACAGCGCCAUGCUAAGAUAUAUUUAUGAACACUCAAAGUCUGACAAAAUUGAUCAAAACUUCCCUGUAGUUUCUGAUAUCAUGAACUCAUUUAUAGUAUAAAGUUUAAAAAGGCCAUACACUCUCCGCCCCUCUCAGACUUUUCUCUCUUCCAGCUGUUUCCCCACGUCUGCUCUAAGCCGGAGUAGCUCUGUCAGAUUUCUAGGUGUGGUUCUUCCCUUCCCUCAUACUCCGCGUACUGCAGCCUCAGUGUUGUUCCAGGCUGGUACAUGUCACCAGUAAUCCUCUCCAGCUGGAAGCAGCAUCUGUGGGCAUGAAACUGCUGGCCACUCUGCCCGGGAAAUAAAACCCCUGAUUCCCCCUGUAGACGCACCACAAACACAAGCUCUGCCGCACCAGUGUGCCACCGUCACCACCACUACACAGACAGUCAAAAAAAAAAAAAAAAAGUGAGUUGGAGAUCAAACCAGAAACUCCUCGGCCACCCAGAUGUUGCCGUGGUGAACAAUUUACAGUUACAAUGGCGUGAAAGUAAAUAUCCUUUUUGAUUUAUUGUAUCCUGAUGUGAUUGGACACGCAACUUUCACUCUCCUUCACUGGAACAAUUUAUGAUUCAACCUGUCCAGCUUGGUUAGAUUCAUAUAUUCUUCUUCUUUUUUUUCUCUGUUGCCAUGGUUACACAAUUACACCACUCCAGCCUAUCACAUAAUCAACAUAACGAGACAAGCAGGUUCUGUCUUUGUAGCAGCUGCUGGCGUGAGUUUCUGUAUUAAUUUAGAUUGAUAAGCCUCAUUGUUUUCACUUUUGAAAAUGUGAAAAAAAAAAAAAGUCCUGUCCAGAUUUUGGGUGAGGAGUAAAUAUUUUUUUGCUCACUAGGCAACAGAGGCCAUGGUGCUCAUUCAGGAUGAUUACCCUCUUCCACUGGUCCCUGCCCGCCUCCCUCCCUCCCUCCCUCUCUCCACCACCUACACAGGGGUCUCUGUCACACUUAAUGGAGAGCUAACAGCUAAUAGCACAGUUUUCCAGGACUGUUCCCACUUAUUAAGCAACACAAAGGAGUGGCUUUUGGAAUUUGUUUUGCAUUUUAAAAGUCUUUCAUUCUUUUAGUUUUCUGGAAGUGAAGAAAGUUCAGACCGUAGUAGUGUAAGAUCAACAUCCUGUCGUCUAUUUUUAAUUACGGCUGGCGUGUGGAACAGAAAAUGACAGUUUCCUGUGUAGGGAGAGUGCUUUAUUUUUGGCGCUUUGUUCCCCUGGAGUUGAAUGACAAGAAUAUUUUUUUUCCCACCUGACCUUUCAUCUACUUUGUUGCAGGAAAUGUAAUAAAUGGGCCUGUCAGCACAAGGCAGAUGCUGCAGUUGAGAAGAGGAAAAGGGGUUUAAUUCUUAUAUUCCAAUGACGUCAUGUUGUGAAAAACUGGCAGAAGCAGCUGGAAGCAGAGUUUAUUAAGUCUUACCAAAUUAUUAUUGCGCAUUUAUCACUUAUGUUUGUCAUUUUUGAUCGAGCCAGUUGGUAGCAUUUGCGAUUGACUUAAGGAGGAAUGUUUAAGGGAUGCUGAUGCUAAAACCAGAACAUCCUAAAGUGUCCUUAAUUUGAAGAAAUCCUGCGCAAUGUGACUUAGACUAGUGAAACACCAAAUCCUCUGCUGCUUAGAGGAAGCCCAAGUGUUAGUAGUGGGUCACACUUAUACACAAACACAAACACACACACACACACAGGAAUGUUGAAUGAGUAAGAAACAUCUGUGUUUGUUGGAGCCAUAAAAGUCUUCACCCAAUGUUAUUUGCUUGUACUGAAUCACCUAGGGUCACACGUAUUAGUCAGGGUAGUUUUUAAUAAGUAUUAGGCAGUAAAAAAAAAUCCAGCAAAAAACACAUUUCUGCUUUUUUAUUGGCUGGAACAGCUUGGCGAAUGAACACAAAGAAUUCAGUCGAAAUCAUGGUCUGCUUUUUGUCCGAACACACGUAUACAGUUCUUGUUUUCCAGUCACUAGAGAAUCAUAUAAAGCUCCUCCAGUAAGAUUGCUCCCCCUUUACGCUGCUGGCUGCUCUUACGGGGACAUGAUUGACAAAGGAGGACAUGGUCAGCGACCCCAGAGGUCAGAUCAGAUCAGGAUCAACCUCGAUACUAAUGUAGCCUAAAUUGUCUAACCCUGGAUUCACAGCCACAAGAAAUUGAGGUGUGGACACAUUCAAGGGUGAUUCGAAUACUUGUGUUUUAUUAAACACACUAUUAGAGUUGUUGUUGUAGUCCCUCUAAGAUGAUCUCUACAGGAUACCCACUUGGAAAUGAGAUCAGAAAGCAAGAACAAAGCUAAGUGAAGCAUGAUGUACAUAUAGAAGAAUCACUGAAAUACUUUCUUUUGUGAUAUCUUAUGAUAUACAGUACAUGGACAUGAUGCUUGAAGUGAAUCUAUUACACAAGCAAAUGGAUGCAGAAAAGAUAGACAUAUUGGCUCUUCUCGUGGCUCUAACUCUGCACCCUCUGCAGAAAUGAGACACCGUUGCUGCUGCUUACUCUGGAAAACCCUGAAAGUCACUCAUUAUUCUCACUGUCAGGUCAAUGAGACAGCACCUCUUUUCACCAGAGUCUGAGCAUUACAAAUCAGCUGGUAAACUCACUGUAUUAAUUCGCCGCCCCUCAAAUCAUCAAAACACACAUUUAACAAGCCACUCAAACCAAAACAAUCCCUCGGGUCGGUUCAGUCUAGAGCUAAACAGCUUCUUGAGUCAAUUUAUAGGAGACAUUCAUGAUGUCCAGUAUAAUUUGUGUGAGUGUUCAUUAAGUCGCCUCAUGUCAUUCUUUCAUGACACUGAGAAUGAUUACACUGGAUAAUAGGUCAACAGAGCUCUCAAUCAUGAUGAUAACCACCUGUAAAUAGAAUCAAAUAACCAAAUCAAAGUGUAAUUCUCCUUAAAUUAAGACGUGGACAACCAUUGGUUUGAUAAGGACUAACUAAAAUGGCUAAAGCAAUUUUGGUGGUAUAUUUUGGCUUCACUUCGUAGAGCUGUCACUUUGUCAGUUAGAACGUUUACAUGCACAGUGAAGUCAAGCUACGGCCAUAGCUCAAUUUGUCCAAUAAACUCGACUGCUGAUCUUGAUCAAGUCUUCAAGGCAAGACUUGGCAAGACUGGAUUCACUGACGGAAGCACGUCUACCUCCAAUACAGCAGGUGGUGACAUGCUCCCUUUUAGCGCGUUGCUCCUACGACAUCAGGGUUGACCUAUUAUGUGUCAAAACAGUCAACAAAACGCGUGAAAAAAAGGUUAACAGAACAGUUAGAACAAUUGAAAUCACUUUUACAGCUCUGUACUGUUUGUUUGUAUGAUAACAGGACUAGAUGUGGUCCGUUUGGGAUUACAGUCGGAUUACAAACUCAUCAAUCUGUUUAUGAAGAUCAGAACAGUAUCGUUAUGUUGGCACCCAUGAAAAUCUUGCAUAAACUAGAUGCUGUGUUAAUCAGCAGUAUGUAAGAAACUGUACUUGAACAUUUGGACAGAUGUAGUCCAUAUUUGAUUUUUACUAUUUUUGAUAUUUAUUAUUUAUAUUAUUUUAUUUUAUUUUAUUUUAUUCAUUUAUUAUUUUAUUUUAUGAUUUUAUUUUAUUAUUUUAAUUAUUUUAAUUAUUUUAUAAUUUUGGGACUACUGGUCAAGAAGCUCAUUAACAGAAAUGUGAACUAGUCUAAAUCAAUGUCUAAGAUUCAUGGGUAAUUCUGGCUCCAAAGUAGAUAGUAGUAAAAGUUGUAGCAAGCUUGUUAUCCACAGUCAGAUCAUACCUUUCUUUAUAACAUCUUCAUGUACUCUCAUAGAAACAGUGUUGGACAUUGAGUCCCAUCUUAGAUCUUGUACGUGAAUACCGCAGCAGCCGCUUAAUUGUCCUUGGCUGCAACAAAACUUGAAACAGCAUCAUGACUGCGGCAUGUGUUCAUGAUGUGGAUGGUGCUGCCUUGUUAAUGUGGUAACAAAUGGUUAGAUAGUUUUCCCUUAACCACAUUAUAGCACAGAUGGUUUACCUCUGGCAUCAACAUCUAUGUGAAAAUUGUUGUUUGUCGACGCAAAAACACUGUUAACCUAGAUGAUUUGAGGUAGCACAGAUAGUCCAAAUAUUACAAGAAUGUAUUUUUCUAGUCUGGAUACAGUCUGAAUCAACAAACAGUCUAUGCUGCUCAUUGGAUACAUAACUGUGGCAGCAUUGGGCAACAUGCUGUCUCACUCUAUUUCCUAACAGAUGUAGAAAGUGUGACAUAUUGAUGUCUGAGGUUGAAAGACAUGAGCCCUGGUAAAAACUGCGCCAUAGAUACCGAAAAAAACUUACAGUAAAUGUUGUGCUAGUAUUUAAAUUUAUGAAAGAUUGUGAAGAAGCGGCUGUCUUAGAUUAUGUGUCUUUGGAGAAGCUUGACAGUUCGGUCUCCCGCAUGAGCACCACUUAAAUUAGAGGAAGGUGUUCGUGAUAUUCUGUGACAGCGAAGUCGUGAUGUGCCGUUGUGUUUAUGAAUUGUUGGGCAUUUCAACUGACUGGAAAUAUCUGGAUGCUAGUUCAGUGAGUUCACUGUGUAUUUGAACCAAAGAUAUCAGUGGGCUGAUGGUUGCUGUAAUGGAAAUGUUCAUCUAUUGAUUGUCAGAUCAUUGAGGUCUGUUGCAUGUUCUUCAACGGAAGAGAGAGAGAGAUCCUGUCAGCAAGGCGCCCAUGCAUGUGGGCACUCUCCUCACUGCAGUGUUAUAAAUCAGUUUUGCGUGUACUGUUGAGUCAGCGAGAUAAGAAACGCUGUGUCAGGUUGGGCUUUAAAGUCCUAGACGAUUACGUGCUAAGUCGACCAAAUAUCUGAUUGGUCAACUUGAUUUUUUUUCCACGUCAAUUUAAAGUCUAUGGUUGAUUUCAUCAAGAGGAACGUACCAAGUGCUAAUAGGGGUGUUUUCAGAGCACCCCUGUUUCACAGGCAUAGAAUGGACGCAAUCUGCCUCCUCGCUGGGUGAAGCCACUCUGAGAACAGCACCCUCUGUUGAUGGGCUGCAGUAUAGGUCAUGUUUUCUAUGAUUGACACUUGAUACAGCCUAUAGGCGUACAAGGAUUGCAUUCCUCACCCGGGGAUACGUUGUUUGAGCCGAGCAUCAUCACAGCGACUCUCUAGCUGAAUGCAUACAAUGCUACUGUGCAAUGUUGGUUUCAGGAAAUGGAGAGAAAACUUGGAAUUACACUUGAUACACCGAGGGUUUUUUGGAAUCAAAUCUGUACACUGGCGGAAGGCGGGACCAAGUUGUCCAUAGUAUAUACAGUCUAUGUUUACAGGUAACAGCCUGUCUCAGGACUCACCCCUUGUUUUUACCAUUUUGGAUUCACCCAUCCCACUGGAGACUGGCUGGAGACAGGCAGAUUAAAGAGCGUCCACAUAAAUCAACAUCCAGCAGUUUGCUGGAUAUUUAUUUUUAUUUUGAGCGUUUCAACUUGCCUUUUGUGUUUAAUUGCCUCCUUGUACUGAUAUUAGUAUAUUUUCACCCCGCCGAGCCGCGUCGCACCCCACUGCAGAAGUGUUUGCCGUCAGGGUUGGAAACAUUUUCUUACAGUUUAUUAAUUCAAAGUUCAAAAUCUAUCAAGUGAAGUAAAGUUCUUUAAAGUAUUCUGCUAUUUGAAGUUCCUGUAAAAGUAUUACCAGCACAGGAACCAGACAAAAUAAGCAAAAAUGUGGGCGGUACCACUUAUUCCACAGGGGUGCCAAAUCCACACAAACUAAAGGCUCUUAAUAAGCAGUUCAAUUAGCCCUGAAAAAUGUUGGAUACUAAUUGGUGAAAGUUUGGCGUAUCUGCUCUGCAUCUCAACCUCCUGCUCUACUUUUCAAAUAUAGGUCAUUUCCUCUCAGCAUUCUUGAUGCUAGGAGUUUCUGGGUUUCAUUGUCUGGCUCUGGUUUUGUAAUCCACAGUAGAGAUGAAUAUCAAAGUCGAGAGAGCCAUGAAGGAGUUGAGAUGAAGUAAUGCAGACGCUGUAUGCGCUCCAUCUUUAAGUUUAGAUUAGGAUAAGGAAAGCAUUGUCUUUGAAGUCAUGAGUGAUGGUUUUAGGUCAGCGUGCUCCUCAGCAUGAUGUGUGCUGGUUUAAUGUUCCAGUCUCUGAUGACUGUGUGUUGUAAUGUGUUGCUUUAGGGUGUGGUUACUCUGUAAGGCUCUGGGCUCUGUUUCACACUACUCCAUCACCACACACACACACACACAAACACACACAUUACAUGUGUUAUGAGCUCAGCAGAUAUUGAGUCGUAACCAUUUGAGCUCCGUACAAAACUGUUAUUGUGCUUUUUCCUUUUUUUACUGAAGUGUGAAGGCGUGACUGCAGUUUAUUGUAGUGAUGGAACACAAGAUCUGAAGCCAAGGGUGUAAAUCACUGCACACAUGUGCUGAUGAGAAAAUAUGGGAGUGUGUGUCCCCUCCUAGCCAGGCAAGGGAAGGGCCAGACACUUCAACUUAUAAGUAUGUUAAAAAAUGGACGACACAUCACCUCUGUUGUACAAAGAUGAAGCAAAAAUACCACAUUUAGGUCAGGAGAUGAUGAUUUUACUCAAGUCUGCACCGUGAGCUGCAGUACUGUCAUCUCACCUUUUGUGAUGAUCAGAAAACACAUUUAGUUUAUCGAUAAACUGCAGAAGUUUCCCCAGAUCAGCACAGUUUACAGCCGAACAUCUUCUGAUGUGUUUUUACAGACCUUCAUGAUUUUUAGCAACUGUUUUUGAGAGUAAUUUGUUUUGUACUUAAAAGUUUGACCCAUGUCUUGACGACAGGAGGUUAGUUUUGACUCCUGAGAUGGAUUUUAAAGUGUUUCGGUUUCACUUUCAAGGAGCCGGUGUGUCAUCCGUCUAUUUUACAGUCUUAUGAAUACAACCUAAAGUCACUUCUUUGUUAUUUGGGUACAAAAAAAGAAAGAAAAAAGUAAAUUUACAACAAUUUGUAUAAAAAUCUGUCGGUCAUAGUUUUGUGUAGCUUUUUCUUUUCCUGCUUUAUAAUGUUUUGUAUUUUUUCUUCACAUUAUGUAAAUUGCAGGAAAGAGGAUAUCCACCGUUUUAACCUCAUUGUUCCAAGUUUAUGGUCGGGAAUAUUAGGACAUUGUUUGCACUUCUUUAGCUUUAAUUUUAGGCGUCUAUUGCCUUUAUUUUAGAAGAUGUUGCAGUGACCGAGGCAGGAAAUAGGGAGAGAAGAUGGUAGAGUGAUAUGCAGGAAUGGAGCUGCAGGCUGGAAUUUAACCCAAGCCACCCAUUUGAGACAUAACCUCAGUAAAUGAGGUGCGUGUGUAGUCCGCUAGGUCAGUGGUCCCCUGAUUGGGUUGUUUCGUGGUUUUGUAACACCCUUUAUGUCUUUUGAUUGUGGUAUUCUAUAAGCCAACUAUCAGUUUCUCACACAUCUCACACAUGCUUUUUAUUUGUUAUUCAUGUAACUUUAAAAAAAAAUAUCUAUAAUAAGUAGAAAACAAGGUAUUCAAUGAAGAAAUUGAUUAAUAAACAAAUAAGUGAAUAGAUUCGAAAAAGGACCAUUAAUAUCUUUUUAUUCAUUUGAUAUAUUUUCCCAGAAACAGCCCAGAACCCAAACACUGAUAUGUUCAGCCCAAAGAGCUCUUCACACUUUGACCUGCUCAGCACCCUGUUGUUCACUGAAGCAGUCAUCCAACAGUCAGCAAGACCAGGCUUCAGCCUCUCCUCCUCUCUAGUCCGUCUCCCUGCAGUCGAACUGUUGUCAUGACAACAGCCUACUCUAGAGUGGGCCCUCAGUGCAGCAGAUAUGGUGUCUGACUGUGUGGCGUCAUGGCAACGCCCAGAUCAGACCAUGUUACAGAAUGUAAGUUGAAGGGAGUCUCAGAUGUGACAGAGCGGUGUGGUUUCACUUUGACACUCAGGAGGAGGAGGAUGUGUUCACAUUAUAUUUGAGUUUUUCUCAUGCAGAUCAGAAAUAUCCUGCAUCAUGACAGGAACGGGAAUCAAGAUAGCUGAUAUUUUUUAUCCUGAUAAGUGGAUUUAACAGAGAACACCACAUCCACAGUUAGUUAAGUUAUGUAACAAAAUCUGGAUAAACGUAGUUAAGAUUUUAAUCCAUGAUCAGUCUGUAAAAGCAGCUUCAGUUUUGGCACUAGUGGCCAGAUUUGAUCCUCCUGAAUGUUUUGACCAGGCUGGCUCAGGGUCGAGUAAGUGUUAAAAGGGUUUCAUCUCUGGAGGGGGUGUCUAACUCUAACUGUUAUGGUGUGUUUGAGCCUAAAUUAAUUUUACGCUGGAAUAUCCCUUUAAGCAAAAUAGUGUUUGUUUUUGGAGGGAUUUAACUCACAAACCAGACCACAAGGAAAACAGGGCAGACAGGCACAAAGGGUGAUGUGUUGUUUUAUUUUGAUUUGCUAAACAAGGACAUAAUCUUUCUUACAAAGAAGAAGAGAACCAUUGUCCAGCUUUCACUACAGCACAAAACUGAUUUCAUAGAUGAUGAAGUUCAAUUACUUUUGACGUUGCUGUUGGCCGAACUGGGUCUGUGCUGGAAAAAAAGACAAAAAAUGGCUUUGAAUCACAAAAAUCUUUUGUCUCUCUUUCCUUUUCUCUCCAGAGCGACAGGCUUCUGAUCAAAGGCGGGAGGAUCGUGAACGAUGACCAGUCCUUCCAUGCCGAUAUCUACAUGGAGGAUGGCCUCAUUAAGUAAGUCCUGAGCUGUCCUUCUUUUUUCAUUCUAACUCAGUGUUAAUCCUUCACCUGCGCCCCGAAUCCUCAUUUAUUUUCAGUUUCUUGCCUUUUGAAAUUAAUCUCUCUUAUGGGAGAGCAGAUGAAUAAUAGACAAAGUUAUGAUGGGGGAAAAUUUGAUCCUUGUAACAUAAGUGGAAAAUGUCAUAUCAGAAAAUGAAUAGAUUAAUCGGGUGUACUAGGGAUUUUAAAGGAACUAGUGCUAAUGUUGCUUUUAUUGUCUAGAACCCCCAAACUAAAUAUAGCAGCCUAAUUAACUCUCCGUUCAGAAUGAGCGAAUUGUAAACUUCAGAGAAAAACCCCAAAGCACAAGCUGCUCCUUUGGGCACACUGUGUCCUGCUGGCUGGUCUGGACCGAAAACAGAGCCCCUGUUUUCAGGGUUCGGCUUGGAGGCAGUUGGCUCCAGGACAAAGUGAUAACAGCCCGUUUAGCCCCGAGUUUUAUGUGCUAGCAUGAACAAGUCCCCGCCCCUCCAGACAAGGCGAGGGUGGUUUGAAUUCCCCUGUCUGUGUCUCCCUGAAUCGGCCUGUCCUCUCUUUCCCCCCAGUUCAGUUCCCACUUGAUUUUCCAAUUAUAGUCUCUUUGUCCCCCCCCCGUCCCUCAGUGAGGCGGCUCAGAGAGAGGCACCCACAGAAAGCCUGGUGUUGCAUAAUAAGCACCCAGAUGCCUGCUGGAGCAUUGAGCUGCUGGCAAACUAACAGAGACACUGGCUUCGGUAACCCUGUCUGUCUGUCUGUCUGCCUGUCUGCUGGGCCGGUUUGCUCUAUAAAAUCUGAACAACAGGGGCCAAAUGUUGAGGUGUUGACAUGGUGAGCUUCAAGCAUGGCCCACUUUGAUUCUGGUCACUCUGAAAACCCCAAAUCUCUUCAGAUGUAUCACCGAAAUGCAUGUGAAGAUAUUUGUUGCUGCUACCUUCUUUCUACUUUUAAUAGUGUAAAAACAAACUGGUUCUUUGAUGCUUCGAAGUCUGAACCAGCACUAGCACCAGGACCGCUUUGGUAGGGAAAGGGUAUAUGUGUGUUCGUUUGUGCUGCCAGUGCUUCAUAUGUAAAUUAAGGACCUGUUUUUUCAAAUGUAAAUAAAAUGUCAGGCCCUGGCCCCCUAAAGUCCCUAGACCCUUGGAAAGCACUAACCCCCCUGACCAAGAUUUUUUACCCCAGAACUAAAUUUAGACCCUAGUUCCUGGGGGAAGUUCCUGUGGUCGGGAAGCACCUUAAUUGGCAAAUUAAGCUCUUUAGAAAAGCUGAUGUGGUUUUGUCCUGGUGCUGUGCUGCUUUGUCAUGCAUAGUUGCAGCUUAUUGUUUUGUGGAAAACACACCCCGGGUUUAUUCUGUUGUCUGAAACCUUCAGCUGUUCCGCCAUCGACCUAAUAUGACUUUAUCGUCCCUCCACAGGCAGAUUGGAGACAACCUGAUCGUGCCCGGUGGGGUGAAGACCAUCGAGGCGAACGGGAAGAUGGUGAUCCCCGGUGGCAUUGACAUCCACACCCACUUCCAGAUGCCGUAUCGUGGAACCACAACCGUGGAUGACUUUGCUCAGGGAUCAAAGGCUGCUCUCGCUGGGGGCACGACCAUGAUCGGUAAGGAAAGGUCAUGCACGCUGUAAAAGUGAGCUUCACAUAGAGAGUAAAACCGAGAAGAGGGUUAAUAGUAGAGAGGGGAGGGAGGAGACCCCGACAGAGUGCAAGAGAAAGAGAUGGGAAGCUUUAUUAGUCUGGUUUUGGGCAGCUCUCCAAAACAGGCCUGUACAAAAGACUGAGUGUACGGGGGACCAGGGUUGAGUAGGAGGGUAUGAAAGGAAUCACUUCUCCUACAGAAACACAACACCGGUGUCUGUCUGCAAAGCUGUACGUGAACGCUCUGGACGUAUAUGUAUGCUUGCUGUAGUUCAGACACCAGACGCUAAGUCGCGAACAGCUGGUAGAUACCAUAGCCUCAUUAAUACCAUUAACUUCUUUUGGGCCGGCUGCUACUCUGCUCGUUGUCUGCCAGGGGAACACUGUGUCAGAGCAGACAGGCGUGCCACUGUAACAAGCUCUAUUCAUGGGCUCCUUUCAUUCAGGGAUUAUAUUCCAGAGGGUGAGAAAGAAAGCGAAAACACGCGCUGUGUUUGUAUCAGGCAGUGACACUGUAUUUUUCUGUCUCUAACAGAUGACGUUGUACCUGUGUGUAAGGUCAGAUCGCUGCCGUGCUAAGUGACAGCGUUUUAUUGCAACUGCUGCUUCCAGCUCGAUCCUAUUAACAUGCAAAGAGCAGAUAAGCAGAUUGGGUCAUCUUUAAUGAGAUCGAGAGUACAGUCAGUUGGAGAACCAGCAGGCAGCCUUAUUGUAUCACAGCUGACUAAGAUGGCGCGGGAUCUUUUCUGUGUGUGUGGUGAUACUCUUGUGCAGGAUGAGGAUUAACUCUUCAUGAAUAAUCUCAGUGAAAACGAUAAGGGGACCAUUCAUUUGAAACAUUUAGUUUAAGUUGCAAAUGAAUGUACAAGUUAUAGACACAUCAGAAACAAGUUUUAGAUGCAGGUCUGGGAUUUUUUAAGGUCAGUGAUUUGAUUACAGGUAGUGAUAAUCAGAAUUUCAAUCAGAUUUACUGGCUCGGUGUGUGCACACAUAGAUAAGGAUUGACUUGGGUUGAACUUACUUUCUAUAUAAAGCACAGGUGUCACACUCAAGGCCAAAUCUGUCCCGUGGAACAAUUAUAUCUGGCCCACAAGAUCAUCUAAUAUUUGUAUUAUUAUUGGCCCACCAGUAUGAAGUCUGCAGAUUUCCUCCAGGAUAAUAAAGUAAACUUUAGCACCAUUAGUUAAAAUGUCCUUAAUAAACCAUGAAAAUCUGGGAAAUUAAAGAGUGAGGAAGAUUUGAUAAAUAGUCAAGAAUGUGGGGGAAAAAUAUUUGGUGUUGUUGGUGUUUUCAAUUUUGCAUUUCAAGAUUACAAGUCAAACAUGCUUGGUUUCUUUUUAUUUCAUGCUUUGAUUUUGUUCAACUCAGUAUUUAGACUUGUUUCAUUUUUAUACUUUAGAUUCCAAUUUUAAAUUUAAAUCAUAUUUUGACCCUUUAAACCUGAUUUCAACGUUCUCCUCAUAUAUUUGCUCUUUAAAAGCAUUAUUUUUCUAUUUUUAUUAUCAUGCUCUGAUCUUUUGAACUAAUAAAUAAAAACAGAAUAAAAAAUUAAAAUAAGUACAUUUUUAUACCUCAGAUUGCCUUUAAACUUAUCUUUUUAUCUUUUUUGAAUUUCCAAAUGAUUUACAAUCAUUGCUGUUUUUGAAAAGGAGGUCGACAGUUUUGGUGAAAUGUUGACCCUGUUUGGCCCUCAGGUUAGACCUAAAUCCAGAUUAUGGCCCUUGCUGUGGUUGAGUUUGACACCCCUGAUAUAAAGCAUCAGUUAUAAUUCACAUUUAGCUAAUUUGUGCAAGUCUGUGUAAAGGUGAGGAGUGCCGAGGAUGAUGAAGGAUAAAAAUCAUGUUACAAAUGGUUAGAUUAAAGCUCCCAUGAGGAACUUUUGAUUGGUGUGCUCUUUGGCGUCCCCAUUUACAAAGCAGUUUUUACUUAUUUUAUUAUCUACAUCUUCAAAUUGUUUCUUAUUACAAAAUCUCAUCCUGCUGACUUUUGAAUGUCUGGUCUAUAAUUUAGUGCUUAGCUGACACCUACCCCCCUUACACUGGUUUUAGGUAUUAAAGAGUACAAUCUAAAAGCCCUCGAUCUUGUCACUUAUGGUCUUGUUUGCUUUUGGGUAUCAUAAAAAGGCAUAGAUACAAAAUCCAGUCUAUUUAAUUGAUAUCAUAAAACCACUCACUGGAGCUUUAAUAAACAGUGUGCACAGGUGUAAAUCACAAUGAUAAAGUCGUAACUCAAACAAAUUUUAACAAAUAUGACUCUGCAAAGACACUACUUUUUUUAAAGAUAGUUUUGAGCUUUUACUGAGACAGGACAGGUCAGUGGACAGAGCUUAAAAUGGGAAGAGAGCAGGGUAUGAUAUGUAGGAGAGGAGUCACAAGUAUCAACUAAUGCUAACCACAUGUUAGCAUUAAAGUUCUUGAUCAUAUCAUGUCAUGUCAUGUGAUUUUAUAUAUCAUAUAUCAAACUUUAUGAGUGUCUUAGCAGGACGGUUUACUUUUGUGAAACUUCUGCACCUCAUUAUUUAGUUUUAUCCUAUUAAAAUUAAAAAUUUACUUCUCUACAAAAAGUUUAAAGAUACUUGAAAUAUUUAACUGAGGAACUUCCAUCUGUUUCAUGCCAUUAAAAUCCCAUGAAUCACAACACUGCUCCACUGGGGACACUGUUUGAAGUGGCCUGCAGGGAAAAAUCCACUGGUCUUCAUGUGUCAUUCUGUAAACCUGAGUGUGGUCAUGCUGAUUCAACCAAAGAGAAAAGUCUGGAAAUAACCACAGUGAAAGUGGACCCCCGAAUUUAUCAAGGACACCUGCAAUCAGACGAAGAUGUUCAGAACGUAAUGUGACAUCUGACAAGGUUGGUCCUUGCUGGCUGAGUCAAGCUGGAGCUCAGACAGACAGCUGAUUAUGCAAGAUAAACAACGCUGGGAGAAAGUAGCAACACCAGCAGACAAAUCCUGACAUCGCCCUGUCUGCUUCUUUUUAUGUGUGAUGGUCCACACCCCACUCUGUCACGCCUUCGUCUGUCCUUUCUUUUUAAAAUACAUCACCUUCUUCCUCUCCUAAAAUAUUUCCUGUCCUUUCGUUUAUUUAUACUCUCCUCUUCUUCUUCUCCAUCUCCGUCUCCUCCAGUUGACCAUGUGAUCCCAGAGCCUGGCAGCAGCCUGUCGGAGGCCUAUGACCAGUGGAGGCAGUGGGCGGAUGAGAAGACCUGCUGUGACUACUCCCUCCAUGUGGACAUCACCCACUGGAACGACAGCAUAAAGCAGGAAGUGGAUAACCUCAUCAAGGAGAAAGGUAGCCCAUUACUAUGGUCACAUUAAAAUGGGAUUGUUUUGAGGUUAAAAUACAGGAAAAUGACAUAUUUUGUAAAGAGACUCAAAGCCCAAAGGGGUUAGUUUUUGAGUUUGAUCUUUUUAGGGGGAGUCGAAGUAGCAGCCAUCACAUGUUUUUGUCUUUUGUACAGGUGUGAACUCUUUCCAGGUCUACAUGGCUUACAAGGACUACUACCAGAUGAGCAACAGCGAGGUAAAGUCACCCACUCUUCAAACAAGACAUUUUCUUCUUGGCAUUUGUGAAAACUCUUAGGUUUUGAUGCUGAUGCUUACCAAAAAGGUUUGAUGCAUUACUAGAGAUAAUUUAAAUCUAAAGCCCGCACACGAACCAGAAAAUGGCGGCGCGCAACACACAUAGAUCUUCUCAAAGGCUGUUAGUUUCAGUUCAAUAACUCCCUCAAAAAGUAGCUGCAAAAAAAAUACUUUCAGUAUUUUUUCUUGAGAUCAAUAUUGUGCUAUGAACUCAAACAGUAGUGUUCUGUGAUCAUCAGCGUAGGUGUCCAUGAGGAGUAAGAUGGGUUUCGAGUUCAGAAUUUUUUAAAUAUCAGACUGUUAUCAAAAAUUUACUCACAAAACAAAAACCUCCCUGAGUUUGACACUUGGCAGGUGAUAAUUUUACAUCUCAAGUCCUCUUUUUUCUGAGCAGGUCCAUUUUCAAAAGUUAUUAGGGGGUUAAUGUUUUCUGUGAUUGACACUCGAUACAGCCUCUGGGCGUACAAAGAUUGCUCAGCUCACUUAAGGGACACACUGUUUGAGCCGAGCGUCAUCACAGCAACUCUUCAGCUGAAUGCGUACGACGCUACUGCACAAGUGGUGGUUCAAGGAAGUGGAGAAAAUCCUGGAAAUGCAGAGAGCAAUUCAGCUUCAAAUUCGUAUAAUGAUGUAAGACCAGAGCCAAGUUGUCCAUAGUAUAUACAGUCUAUGGUUAUUACAUUUUUUUAAACAACAUUUUGGCUCAUUGUUACAUUUUAGGCUCUUACAUGCCUUUAAUCAGAGAUAGGGUGAUGGGAAACUAGAGAGGGAUGACACGAGGUAAAGGUUCACAGGUUGGGAUUCAUGUCAGCUUUUUUUUGAUAUUUCAGAUUACUGAUGGCCUUUUGGAAGCUUGACACAAAGAAGUGUGUAUCAACAUUGUUCAGGAAGGAGGAAUAAUUAUUGAAAUAAAGACAGUCUUUUCAUGUACACAAAGAUAUAAGAUGGAUCUGAAAAUGUAAACUCUCCUUUGACAUCGUUAAACAUGCACAAACAAUACAAUUGUUCAUGUGCAGCUUGUUAAGUGUGGCUGCACUGCAAACUCAAAAUAUGGUCAUUUAAACAUCAUUAUCCCAUUUGAGUUAUCCAGUUGCAAACAAUAUAAUCCAUCACUGCUGACAUGCUGAGAAAUCAGAUAGUAAACAAGCAUGAAAACACGACACGGAGGCAUUGUUUUGGCUCUGAGCUGUGCCACAGUGUCUAUAAAAGUGAGUAAAUUAUGACCGUUCGUUUUAUGUAACAGUCAAGAUUUCCAACUGGAGAGUUACAUUAAAAAAAAAAUCUUUUUUCUCUCUUCUUGUCCUUAUGUAACUUGUCGUCAGUGAUGUAUGGUCGAAGCUUAUCCAGCUGGUAAAAGUUAAAACAUUAAGUGUAAGUCCAGACGGUGUGAGGCAGAACUUUUUGAGUUUCUCAUGCUGCCGUAGCUAAUUCAGUCGGUCGGAAGAGCACAUGAGAACAGACAGAAAUAGUCAGGCUUGAUAAACUGAUGUCAUGCAGCGCAGGAGGAACUAUGGCGCGGCUACAACUGCAGCUCAUCAUCCCACACGGGGUUAACCAGUUCUGGAGACCACACACAGUAAUUGCAGUGUGUCAUGGUGGCACACAUCAUGUAAAUUGUGGCCUUCUGCUUCAGUUUGACCCAUGUGAUUAGUGUUUGACUCCUGCCUAAACAACCGUACAUGAAAACACACGUCACUGUUAUUUCACCGUUUUUGUGUUUUCCCCUUCAGCUCUACGAGAUCUUCACCUUCUUGGCAGAAAGGGGAGGCAUCGCUCAAGUCCAUGCUGAAAACGGCGAGAUCAUCGCUGAGGUAAAAAUAAAAAGAUAAAUAAACCGACUGGUUCUGUUUUCUCCGUCUCCCCCUCACUUUUCUUUCUUGUCUCAGGUCCAACCCUGUGAUCUGUUCGAGUUUAAUGUGAUUUACUUCUCUUAAGGUCACUUCAGUUCACCUUCCCUGUCUUAUCGUAGAUCAUCUCCUCUACCUACAGACUAAACAUGCUGUCAGUGAUGAGAGGGGCAUGCGUUUCCUGCUAAACUGUUACGUGUGGGCGUAUUAAACACAGGAUAGUGCUGCGCUGUGGACAAAUGAAAGUGAAUGGACUGUAAAAGUUGGAGGACUGAGAAGUGUGGUGUUAGUCACAGCUCCAGACAGAGCCUGGACUCUGUAACUCUCUUGAGUGUGUGUGUGUGUGUGUGUGUGUGUGUGUGUGUGUGUGUGUGUGUGUGUGUGUGUGUGUGUGUGUGUGUGUGUGUGUGUGUGUGUGUGUGUUGGAUCUGAUUCACUCCGAAACCCCCUUCCACUCAGUUUUAAAUCAGGACUUUAAGGGGGUCUGACUUUCAUCAGUUUAGAGACCAAAGUUGACUUCACUUAUACCGCCUUGUUUAGAUCUGUGUUUAUACGUGUUGUCAGAGCUGGAACAUGUUGUAACCAAGUGACACCUACAUGAAUCAUUGAACAAUCAAUGGUGUGUAGAUACAAUCUGUCCAGUAGGUGUAUAUUUCUUCAGAUAGAGUAAUUAGAUUACAUCUACAUCAUAUGAAAUGUUUUUUUUUUUUUGUGUUUUAAAUCCUUUUUCAUGAAGUGCAGUUUUCAGAUAUUCAAACAUUGACUGUAUCUAAAGUGGAUCAAAUUUGUUUCAGCAGACUGUUGCAAACCUGCCAACAUUUAGGUUAUAAAAUUCAGGAGAAUUUGUGGCGCGAGCCAGGAAGUUUUGGGGUUACCUUGUAUGGUGGAUAUGAGCUAAUUAUGAGAGCAUUUGUAAUUAAAUGGCUCAUUUAAAUAAGUAUAAGUGAAGCUGCGCACUUUUUUGUUUUAACAACAACAACAAAAAUAGUAGCUAUGAUAUGCCUUGAACUAAUUUAGUCCACUAAUAUUAGUGUUAAAGUCCUCGUAUGUUUUACAUGCUCUCUCCCGUAUGAAGGUCUCUGAACAUCUGUGCGUGCAAUACAGCACUCUUUUAUCCAAGACUCUGAACGUAAAUAUUAUAUCUCACGUUUGUUUCCCUUUCAUUAAAGUGUUAAUGAGCACUGUGUAAACCGACCUGAAUCAUCCCAAAUUGUAAAGUUAAAGUAUCAAUCCAGUGUCUGUGAGGCUCAGCAGAAACACAGGACUAUCUUCACUUGUCUGGAAACUUGGCAUCUUUGGACAAAUAUAGUGGUCCGAUUCAUUGAACCUGGACCAUGCAAACUACAGGAGAUUCAUGGGAGGUGGGUGGGAGAUAGGUCUGAAAUACGGGAGAGUCCCAGGAAAAACAGGAUUGUUUGCAGGUAUGCUGUUGGACGUUUUUUGCUCCUGAGACUCAAGCUUAACCUUGUAAUGAGUUUCCAAUGAUCCUGAUGCUCAGUACAUUUAAAAAUAGAUUUAUGACAUUGGUCCAAGUAAAACUGGACAUUUAAAAACAUGAAAACACGUUAGUCCGACUUGCAAAGCCAGGCUUUGAGCUGGUGGUUGAAUAGCAUGGAUGCGUUGCUAGGAAGCCAAGUAGUUGAUAAAACCUCAACAAGCGAAGAAAAGAUGUAAAAUACCGUGACUUUCCAAUCUUAAAAAUUUCAGGGUAUGGAGAUGUUAAAGUGACUUUCUCUUUCUGCAAAGAAACAACCACCUUAAAUAGCGAUGAAACCAGUGAGUGAGUGUUCUUCUCAUGACCGCUUCAACAUUUAGAUAAGAUGAGAUAUGCUUAUAUACAGCAGGAGUCUUUUGGUAAAACAGAAAAAUCUGUUCCUCAGUCAUAGUCACAGCCACUCAUCAUGCAUAGAGAUGACUUUCUGGUUUGAAGCAUUGACCUCCACGUCUGAGCUGCUUAAUUCUUUUUGUAGUUACACACCUGGAGUUAAUCUCAUAUGCAGACACGUCUAGUGCUCUUCAAGUCUGUCAUCAACAGGUUCUCACUCCUCUGACAGCUCUGGAGAAAAGUCACCACAGAGAAGUGUAGCCUCUCUUCUGUGUCUGAGGUGACUCACAGUUUUCAUUUCUAUAGUUUACCCAACAAUCAGUCAAUACACCUAGCUAAUUUCUGUUAUCUUUUAUUGUGUAGUUGCCCUUUACAUGUUAAAUCCAUGACACUCCACUGCUGCAGACAUGAUUCAAACCAGGACAUGAAUAGUUCUAGUCAAGAGUAGCACAGAAAUCUUCAUAUAGGUAUGUUAACUCAGCUAUUAAACUUAUUUUCUAAAAUGCAAAUUUUGAUCCGCUCAGACAUUUCUUCUUCCAAGUAUCCUUAAGUGGGGGUCAACUCGACAGACACAGCCACAGCUUUUCUGGAGGUAGGCCUACAACUUCACAGGGACCCUCACCAUUGUGGGAUUUCCCACAGUCCUCUGUGUGUGUGGCCUGACUCAGAUGACAACACUGCGGCUCUUUUGCUUCUCACAGGCAGAAACAGAAUAUCAUGUUGGAGUGUCACCAGCAGCUUACAUCAGCCAGAGCGCUCAAACCACCGAACACCAAAGAGUAAUCCUGCGUGUUAUCUGUGCGCCAAGCAGCUAACGGCCUACUUUCUGUGUGUUUGCUGAACAGGAGCAGGCCCGCAUGCUGCAGAUGGGCAUCACUGGACCAGAGGGGCACGUGCUGAGCCGGCCAGAGGAGGUAUAACUCUAACAUACAGAAUACAUAUAUAAGGGCAGUGUAGACAGGAUUUAAAGCUCCUUAUCCUACUUUCAACAGUCAAAUACUGCACAAUAGAGCAUCUAUAACCGAUCCGUCUCUACACUGAUGGGUCAUAAAGAGGCAUUCAUGUUAAUUAAAACCUGCUUUAUAACCAGUACAAAAGUAUUCAAAUGAGCUUUAAACAUGUGAGAACUAAAAAAGGAUUUCAUAUUGAGGUGCAGAAAUAAGAGUUUUUAUUGAAUUAUUGAGAGUUUUAUUGUAUUUUGAUCUGAUUCUUGAUAUUUUGUCAAUCUUACGUACACUAAACUCUCUGCUCCUGCUACAUCUUGCCAGAAAACAGCUGAUUUUUGAGGGGGCGGGAUUGAUAGAUUAUGGUCUCAGAUCAGUGAAUUAAACUGGCAUACAGCAGAAACUGAGCUUUAGGCUGUAUCAGAGGCUUAGACCAGCGCUGGUAUUAGAAACAGUCAUUUGAACUCUGUAAAUGUAGUUUUUGUGCUUCUGUUUUUAAUAUACACUGACUAAGAUUCUCCUAAAUAUACAGUUUAGUUUUUUAAAGAUCCAUGUGAAGCAGUCAGGAUACAGUUGCAUAUGCAAACACAGUCUCUGGUUCCUCUGGUUUCUUUAACAAACAGCAGAAUAAAGCUGUGCAGCUUCCCUGCUUUUAGCCUGACAUGGAUUUUCCACUCUGCCGUGUGGUUUUCCCACCAGUGUUAGUGUCAUGCUGUGAAUUUGAUUUAUAGGACUCAAACUUACUAUCUUAAUUAAAUUUAACAGAGUUGGAAGACUGACUUAUCAGUGCCUGGUGUCUUGUUUGGUUUCUUUUAUUGGUUCUUGGACUCGGGUUGAACUUGUGCACCGGCACACAAUGAUCAGCUCUAGUGCUGUUUGUGCGUCAUCCUGCAGACUGAAAAACAAGUGUAUCAGAGACAGCCGUCACAUCUGGCGCUCUAUUAGGCUCUCUACUUUCUGCUUUUCUAUGUACUGGUUACUAUGCAAGAUGUUAUUGUGCCUCACCGCUUUAGAAAAACACUUGAAAAUGGAGCGAGGAACAUUUGAUGAUCACAAACCUCAAAGUCUUCCAUUAGGGUGGAAGAAAAUUAGCAAGUUUUGUAACAUGAAUAUCUUCUGUAAUCCUUACUCUAAGCAACUGAAUAAUUUAAAAUGACAAGCUUCCCUCUUGGUUUAAACGGCAUUAUUGAAAUAAUACAGUUCUGGAAAUAACUAAUGCGAUGUGGUCAAGAUAUUUUAAGUGUGUUUGAGAAAAUCCUAAUGGGAAAACCGUCUAUAAGUCAACCACAAUGUCCUGUCCCUCUCCUGCAGCUGGAGGCGGAGGCCGUGUUUCGUGCCAUCACCAUCGCCAGCCAAACCAACUGUCCUCUCUAUGUGACCCGGGUCAUGAGCAAGAGCGCCGCUGACAUCAUCUCACAGGCCCGGAAAAAAGGUAAAGGGGACGAAACAAACACUUGAUAUAAGAGAAGGUUUUGUUAAAUGUGAGUGUGCUUCUUAUGAAUAAUGUUCCUUGUAGGAUAUGAGGCGUCCUUGUUAGCAACUACAAGCUAAAACAGAGAGUAAAUUGUGUAUUUCACGAACAUUUAAAGGGUUUUAUUUUUACAUGAUAUUUGUGAAAAGGUUGUGGUUUGGGCUUUGUUUGUUGUUGUUUUUUCUUAAAAAAACUCAGGAAGUCUUCAGUGUUUUUGAAUCAGAAUGAUGAAACAGACUGCCCGGCUUCCUGGUGUGGUGGGCAUGUCUCUUAGUGUCUAAGAGGGACUUUAUAAAGCUCAAAACAAGCUGCUCGGAGACUCACAUUUGGGGAUUCCACUGUAAAGUCUGAAUCAGAGCAACUGACCUCCUUUCACUUUGAAUAUAUGUUGAGUUUUCUGAUCUGGGCUCCAGAUUUCUGCUGCUUUUCAUGUGGAAUUAAAAUCCAAAUGCCACCGCACCUUUGACCUAUCAAGACAAACCCGGGAUCUUCUCUGAGGCGGCAGCUGUACACAGACUUUGGGUCUGCUCCACAUCAUGAAAACAAUGCUUCCCUCAGAGGAAACUUGAUAUUUGACGUUCAUGUCUUUUGUUGUUAAACAAGAGGUCAGAGGAAUCUGAGGGGCUGUGAUGGAUUUCAAAAACUUCAGAGCUUGAAGUGGAAGAAGAAGAAUGUAUGUUGUGAGUUUUUGAGGUUUUCACAGGCAGCGCUAACCUCAACAUCCUUCUGCCGUUUCAUAGAUCCGACAGGCUUGACAUCUUGGUUUAAUUCUCAUGCUAGUUACCGAGGGGAAUCAAACCCUCACCUCAUGCAUGAAAGAAAGCUUUGUAAGAUCUGAGCCAAUAUGAUUUCUUCUACAUUGCCAAAGGGUGAUGUUUUGCUUCUCAGAGAUUUGGCAAUGUUCCUCCUCUACAAACACGCCGAUGAAUUAUCGAUGUUUUUAGCAAGAUUAACCUGCUGGGGAAUUAAUCAGACUCGGCUGGUGAAACUCAUGCUCUGGAAAUCGCAGUGAUUCCCUGAUACGAAUCAAUCUGAUACACUCGACAUUUGAUACACUAAUGUUUCUUUCCCAGGAAAUGUUGUGUUUGGGGAGCCAAUCACAGCCAGCCUGGGGACUGAUGGGACGCAUUACUGGAGCAAGAACUGGGCUAAGGCGGCUUCUUUUGUAACAUCACCUCCUCUUAGUCCUGAUCCAACCACUCCAGACUAUUUGAAUACACUGCUGGCCAGGUAGGUAUCACAACCAGUCUCUGUUGUUAAACCUAUUUUCCUGUACCUAAUGACAGAAUUAUAUCUAUUUUAACUCUAAAAUGUUCGAAAAACAAAACUCAGCAACUUAAAACAGUAAAUUAAUUUUAACUAUGGAUCACCUACCUUGUAAGUGAGUUUAAAGCUCCUGUUGAGAACUCUUAGAUUGUGCUAACAUUGACACCUCCUCAUGUCUUAUCCUGUAAAUAAAAAAAAAAAGUAUUUAUGUACAAAAACCUCUUCCUCUUGUCUUUUAAUAAUAAUAUCAUGUAUCAUACCUACCUCCUUACUGCAGCUUUAAAACGAUAGAGUAAUGAUCAGCGUUGUUGCUCGCGGUUUUGUUCGACUUUGAAGGCCAGAAAGAAGCAUCAGUUUCAGUUUUAGUCUGUUUCUCAACCAGGUAAAAACUCCUCAUAGUUCCUUUAAAAAAAGUUCAGUAUACACUAUAAAACUUUAUGUAAACACAGACUUAUUUCAGCUUAUCUGCAGAUCUUCUAAAUCUUUAUACCUUUGUGUCAUUUGAUAUGUGCAGUGUGUGAUUGGGAAUAAAUAAAACUGACAAUCCUGAGAAAUUUCACACUUUCUCUAAUUGUUGAUCCCCAGUUUCUAGGUUGUUACACACACACUCUGAUCGUUUUGUUUCUACAACUUAAUUUGUUCUCAGUGGUCUUUAAAUUGUGAUUAUGAAGUUUUUAGCCAAAGUUGCGUUACCGGUGUCAUUUUUAAGGUCUUUUCUUCUGCAGAGCUCCAGUAGCUCAUUAGCAAUUCACCUCUGAGUCGUGGGCGGAGACAGCGCUGCUUUGCACACUCCUCUUCACGUUAGCUUGUAGCCUAACAUUGCCGGUGUAGUAGAAGUAGCAGGUAACAUAGGAGCUAUUCAGCUCUCGGAAUCUAAUGUCUUUGGGGACAUGAUGAAAGUUAAUAUCAUAAUUAGCUUUCUCACGAGCCUUGCAAUCUGCAAAAUCUCCGAGUUAGGCCUGCAUAGCAAGGCUCCGGGGGCGGAGCUUGCAGCUGUGACAUAGGAAAUCUCACUGUAUCUGAUCCUGCUGUUUGUGUCUGCCAGAGAUUCACAGCGACUUGAAGCAGAAAUACUCAUAAAUGCAAUUUCCCACUUACCUUUCUCAUGAUAUGUCCUGUAGCGUCAGAAAAAUGCCACAUGAACAUGUAGACAACAAGAGAAACAUGAUUUUCAUCAGAGUGGGUCUUUAAUUCUGAAUAAGUAGAUCUACAUCCAGCAUGUCUAGUGAUUUUAAAAAGCAGUGCCAUGUGUAUAAAUUAGUGACUCACCUUAUAAGCCACUGAUCAUACACUGACUAAUACUAUAAUUCAUACAGUGGACUUCCAUAAUCUGUGUGUUCAAUGGCAGAGUGGAAAAAGAAAUGUCGAACACACCUCCUGAGUCCUGAGAGGCUGAAAUCUGCCUCGUAAACAACAACGAGCCUGCCAGGAUCACCUGGCUCUGAAAGGCAAUGAGAUAAGACGCUGUCAUUGGUUUGGUUCAUGUUACUCCCGAAACACACUUAAGAAUAAACAAAGGACUACAUCCAACCUCUUAGUGCUCUUAAAAUAGAGUACAUCUGUAACUCAUGAGGGUCCUGAUUUCAAAUGGGGUGCUUGUUUGGCUCUUAAAAAAGAUUUAAAAGAAAGCAUACGAACUGAAAAAAAGGGAGAGGGUUGUUGCCUGUAGUAAUACAUUAAAAUAACUUGUUGAAGUUAAAUUGAGAAGUGGAGUUUCUCCUCACUGGUCAGUACAAAAAAUGCAGUUUUGAUGCAGCUGUGCAUCAGUAUCUCACCCCAGAAACAGACUUUGUGCACUUCUGAUUCACUUUGAGCAGUAAGUGAGUUGGAUUGUUUUGUAACACAGGAAAUCUGUCAUGGUUAGUACUGUCAGAGUAAAUUCUGGCAUGAGACAAAAGUAAUAAAUGAACAGACAUUUUUUGCUCUUGUGGACCCUUGGCUGAAAACAAUAAACAUUUCCUGUCGUGAUUGUAGAACUUGGCCCGCAUGCAAAGCUCCUGCUGAACUAAUAUUUACCUUUACUCUAUCUCAACUCUGUUUUCUUUCUUUCCUUUCAGUGGAGACCUGAGUGUGACCGGCAGUGCUCAUUGUACCUUCAGCGUGGCCCAGAAGGCCAUUGGCAAGGACGAUUUCACUCAGAUCCCUGAAGGGGUCAACGGAGUGGAGGAGAGGAUGACUCUUAUCUGGGACAAAGCUGUGGUGAGGACUGCAUAUUUUUCGACACCUUUUGUUCAGAUUUGGCAGACAAAAAGGGAGGAGCAAAGAAGAUAGAUAUGAAGAUUUAUUCAGAAGUGUUUUAUCUUGAUUCAGUCCCGGAGGAGAGGAAGACGUCUGUAAGCUUUAGUUCAGUCGUCUCCUCUCCCAGUUUGAAGUUUCCGCAGUUAGUCCACACCUUACCUUUUUCAUUCCUGGUGUUUCUAUUUUUACUGAGUUUUGUAGGACGCUCUUCCUCCCUGUCUUCUUCUUUUUAUCUGGCUGUCUAGUUUCCCUACACUCCCUUGACUUUACGCUCUCUUUUUUUCUCUCUCUCCCUCCUGUUUUUGGUUUUAUCUCAGUGUCUUGCUGUCACUGUUUCUGCAUUCCUCUCCCUUUUCCUUUUCUAUCUCCACAUCUGUCCUUUUCUUCACCCUCGGUUACAGCACACUGCCCUCAUUUCUUCCCCUCAGCAUUCUGGGUAUAGACACAAAGCGUGCGGCUUCAGACUGCUGUGUAUAAUAUGUGGAUUGGCUUUUAGGAGGUUGAACUGAUCAUCUGACAGAGACAGUUGAGACUGAUAAAGCAGAUAAAACCAGUAAAUACGUAAGAGUAAUAAAAUACAUUGAAGCCUUUAAGUUGAUUAAAGGUCAGUAAAAAAACACUAUAGAGUUGAAAGCAUGAACAUCAGGAUUCAUAAAUAACUAUUUUAUGCAAAAAUCAUGUGUCAUGUGACUCUUUGCCAAAACACGUAUGUUGUCAAAAUGGGUACAGUUGUACCUCAUGACCACUUUUUAAAGGCACUGUGAGGCUGUUUGCGUGUUUUCAACUGAUUUUUAAAUAAGUUUUGCCCCUAAACUGAUGCACAGUUGGAAUUUCCAUACUUUUCCAUACCCUACUUUUGGGAAUUAUUUUUGGAAAAACCUACUUUUCUAUUUAAGAAAACAGUAUUUUAGAGCUGUGGUAAUAGUCUGGAAACAUGAAUAUUUUUCCAUACUUAAUUUUUCUAUUUCCAUUCUUUUAAAGACCUGGAAAUUGAUCAAAUUUAUUUCUGUACUUUUCCAUAUAUUUGUAGGACUUUAAUGAUAAUGUGCAAAUAUCAGUGUCAAAAUUGGUUCUGUCUUUUCAAUUAAUUUCCACAAAAAAACUGUUAUCCAUCACUCGCCCCUAAAUGGUUGUUUUUAACUCCCCUGGUAAAGUUUGGCAAUAAGAACUAAGAGACUUUUUUCUUGUGUAUUUGUUGGACUCUUUGUUGACUAUUUGUUGUGACUUAUGAGCUAGUCUGGAGCAGGACUAGCAAAAAGUUGUGAACAGAAUUUCAUCCUGAUGCCAGCGUGUGACUGGUUCACUGCUCUUCUGGGACAAAAGAGUUAAACUGUCUGCAUAUUUAUGAUAUUUGGACACUUAGUGGGCCACAUCAUAACACUGAGGCUGUGACAGGUGACAUUAAACUGGUCGCCUUUUGUUACCUAACAGUUUAUAUAUCAGUUUUCACUAUAUGUGUCAUUGUUACACCACUUUAAUCUUAAAUCAACACAGUACUUUAUCGCUCUGCUUCUUGCAGAGCAAAGACAAAUACCGUUAAAAACGAAGAUUUGUAUUCCAAAGCAGAUUACAGCAGUGGCAGACUUGGUACUUAUGGGAAAUGCAGUCUCCGUCCCCCAAAAUAAUGCAACUGUUUUUCUUCCAAAGGCUGACCAAGUGACUUUGCUAAGUGACUAUUUGCUUUGAUGAAUCAAUGAGGACAUUAAAGCAAACAAAUGAGCAGAUGAGACAUAAGAAGUCGGCUAGUUUGCUUCCUUCUAAGUAGCCCUAUAAGAUGAUCUCUUUUUAUAAUGCUCACUUUCCUCUUUUUUGUGUUCGUCUCUCUCACAGACCACAGGUAAGAUGGAUGAGAACAUGUUUGUGGCCGUCACCAGCACCAAUGCGGCCAAGAUCCUGAACCUGUACCCUCGUAAGGGCCGGAUCGCUGUGGGCUCUGAUGCUGACCUGGUCAUCUGGGACACAGACUCCAUCAGCACCAUCACCGCUAAGACACACAACUCGGUAUGUACAGUGGACAAGUCGCAUUUAACCUUAAGUUCUGUUGUAGGCUGGGUCCAAAAUAAAAAAAAGCUGAUUUUUAGGAAAAUAAUGAAGCAUUAUACGAGAUAAGCCUCCACUCCUGUGUGUAUGUUUGCAGAGACAGAGAGAGAGAAAGAGAGAGAGAGUCAGGGAAUGAGAGCGCAUACUUGAGCAGCUUCCAGAGAGCUCUCAGUUCCUCUGAGCGGAAAUGAAGUCUCAGUGGAUGUUCGCUGCUAAUACGCCUCACAGUGAACUCAUCCUCAAUGUAAAUCAGAGCCACAUUAAACCCUAAACCCCUCUAAGAAUGUGAACCACUCAGAUGCACACAUUUAUCCAAAUACAACCAUCAUACUGUUAGCAAGCAGUCUCCAAAAUGCCCAUGUACAGUAAAUCAACGGGGAAACUAUGUGCUGUAUAAUCAGGAGGUAUUUCCACCCGUGUGUAUCACGUUCUCCAGAGCAGAUCAUCCUGAAUAGUUUUAUGAUUGGACAACCAAAAAGGGUUUAGAGUAAAUACUCAUACUUGAAAUAAUUUUCACAAGCUCCAGAGAUUUGUAACAUCUGCGAAGAUUGCUGUUAGGAAAAACAGCUUAACUUAUGAGUAAGGCAGCUUUGGUUUUGGGAUGUUUAGUGGGAUAAAUCUCUCUGAAACAGAAUCGGUAGAUUAAGAAGACCAGAAUUUACUCCAUGAUUCUCCAUCUGAACUGACUUUAAGGUGCCCUGCAGAAUUAAAUGAUAAAAACAGCUUUAGGACAACACAGAUUUUCAGCGUGAGUUACAGAGAUUUAUGACUUAUACUUCAUAAUCGAGCGUAAACUGGAAAGACGGAGGAAAACAGGUAAAUCCUCUGUUCUCUUUUAAGAUGAAACAUAAAAUUUCAUUUAUUCAAAAUAUGAACCAUAAUGGAGACAUGUGAUCCAAUAACUCGCUUUAAAUACACAAAACAUGGUGAAAAAAACUUUGUUCCAGUUGUCAUGUGUUUAGAGUUAAGUAUCAAAACAAAAGAAACCUUAUUAGAAGCACAUGGAAAUGUGUUAUCUAAGGCAGACGUUUUGCUCCUUUACUUGUUGGGUUUCAGACAAAGAGCCUCAUGAACACGGAUUCUUUUUCACUCGCUCACACAUUUGACAUGAACUCUGCGUGGACGGUUCACUCAGAAUCAGCACAUGUGAGUGACGAGCUCUCUGCUGCCGCACAGAUAUGGGAAGAUUGAGAACAGGAAGUGUCCGGACGGGAAAUUGCAGCUUUGCUAACAGAGAUAUAUACACUAGAGAAGAAUGCAGUUACUCAAAGUGUUUGCAGGUCACACAUGGGAAAACAAAAUACUGCUGCUCUGUGUCCAGAUGGAGAAACAGAGAAAGCUGGACUAAUAAUACACCUCCUCUGAAUAUGGAGUACAUCCUCUGAGGAUCUGUUAUGUAACAAUGUCACCCUGUCAUUUCCUGCUGGAGGUCCCCUCAGAUAAAGAAGCAGAAGACGAGAGCAUGGAAGCUCCCCGUCCUGAUAAAUCCAUCUUAAUGGAUAGCCUGAUGCCAGACCAAACAGAGGCCGCCUUGUUUAGCAGCACAUCUGACUGAGGAGCGCAUUAUCCAAUAGAGUAAACAAGACUAAAACCGCACUGUUGCUUUGCCUCCUUAUCGGCGAGCCCACAUCUGGUCUGCAUUUCUUGUUGUUAUCAACAUGAAAAUACAUAGAUACACAUGAGGGUUUUCAGACACAUAGACAUAAACAGGCAAAAACACACACACACACAAAUGGAGACACACUCGUCUUAGUCAUGACAUCAUGUUUGGCAUGCUGUGGCUCUUAGUUAUGUCCUGUUCUGGCCUGAAUUUGGACGGCAGCAGAAAACAGAGCCGUGUGCAGAGGAAAUCAGCAACAAUGGAAUGAGGGGAGGGGACCAUCACAGAUCACAAACAAGCGGAGGAAAGAAAGCUGGCAUGAAGGAAAACUGCAAAAACUGAGCAUGGUAGGAGGAGGGAAAGAGAAGAGAAGAAUGGAAAGUAGAAAAAAAAAAGGUUGAUUGAAUUGAGGAGACAGGAAUCUGGAGAGGGCAAUGUGGGAAAAGUGAUAAGUGCAGUGUGGGUAUGAACCAGCUGGAUGAGGGCAGCUGUUGGUACAUGCCAUAGAGACAAGUGUAAGAAAGUCAGUGAUGAAUGAUAAAGAACUGGAGAGAGUGUGGGAGUGAGAGGGGCGAGAAGGAAAAAAACUGAGGUUAUACAUCUGCUUCACGUGUCCUCAUCCAUCCUCCAACAGCACCCCCUGUUGUCACCUCGCUGCUGGAGGGGCUUAUUUUGGUAUUUAUUUCCCAAAACAGAAUUUUUAUUGAUACAAAAAAUAAUAAAUAGGGAAAAAUCAAACUAAUCUUUAAGCCCCAUGACUCUUGAACUAUUUCGUGAACACAUGUUAGUUUCAGUUAAAGUCAUCGUCAUGGGAACUUUUUUGCAAACUUUUUGUCGGCCUAUAAAACUUGAUGUUGAGUCAUAUCAUAAAUUAUAUUUAAAAAGGCCAGGAUGCUCGAUUGAUUCAGGACUUAUUCCUUCACUCUCUGUGGAUUUUGGGUCAUAUAUCAUAGCUGCACCUGCUCUUAAUUUUUAGUGCAUUGAUAUUACAAGAGCUUUUACCGUAUCCUGUGUAUUUUAUUGUAGCCACAUACUGUAUAUCCUAUUGCCGAAUUCUGGUGUGUUUGUUGUUCCAACACCGCACUGUGGAGCUCCUUAAGGGACAGGAUGCUCCACCUGAAGUGUGUGACGGAGAGGUAUCCAAGGUCAUUCCUUCCUGCAUCUGUCAGACUCCACAACAGAAACCUCAGUGUGCAAUAAACCAUAUUUAUAUGUAUAUUCUGUACACAUGUAUAUCAUAAGACUCAUGUACAUAUAUUUUUUUUUAACUCCAAGUUUCUUUAUCCUUUAAUUUCUCUUUUUGUAUCUGUAUUCAUGCUGCUGUAAAUUGGAGUUCCCCCCUGUGGGACUAUUAAAAGAAUAUCUUAACCUAAUAUUAAUGAUCUCCUGUUUGUUCUGCAGGCUGCUGAGUACAACGUCUUUGAGGGUAUGGAGCUGCGUGGAGCCCCUCAGGUGGUGAUCUGCCAGGGGAAGAUCGUUGUGGAAGAAGGAAACCUGCACAUCACCUCCGGCGUGGGUCGCUUCAUUCCCUGCUCUCCCUUCCCUGACUUUGCCUACAAGCGAGUUAAGGCCAGGAAGCAGGUAAAUACAGGAAUCCCUGUAAAUAAAUAUAUGAAAUGCAGUGUCUUUUAAAAGGGGAAACUCUGAUUUUUAACUGUAUUAAGCUACCCUUGUACAGACAUGUCCAACAUGAAAUGACAAGAAGCUGACAAGCCCCUCAUCCUGCUGCGCCGUGCUGGGGGGAUUUCCACAUUUCUUGAGUUGUGCUGUACUCUGUUGGAUCACAGUAGCUGCGUUUACAUGGGCACAAAUUAUCGGACUAAUGGCCUAAUUGGAAUAAAAAAGCGUCAUGUAAACAUGUCGAUCGGAAAAUUCUGAUCCAAUUCGGCUCAAUCGGAAAGAAAUUGUAUUCAGAUUGAGAGGGGUGGUUUAAGGCCGAUUGCUAUUCCGAAACGCGUCCAUGUAAACACUUAUUCCAAUCGUGACUCUGGCAUUAAACACAACCGGAGGAGCCGUGUCUGCUCCUCCAGUAACAUAACAAGGCAUACAUACCAACCUUUGACAGAACAGUCAAAUGAGUAAGCAAGGGCGCCAUCUAGUGACAACAUUUAACAGGGGGGAAAAUCCUGAAUUGGACAGAGUGAGCCACUACUGCGUUUGUUGGUCUGUUGACAGCACAGGCGUCAAUACAACUCUUCUUCUGCAGUUGUUUUAGUGAAAUCAGACGACUCUGCGCAUGUUCUAAAGCUUCUAAUCUGAAUAAAGCUUGGUGCAUGUAUACACACGUCAUGAUCGGAUUAUUUGAUUUUGCACCCAUAUAAACAGUGGAUUCAGAUGAUCAAAUUUUUUAAUCAGAUCAAGAAAUUUUCCCCAUGUAAACAUGGGUAAUGAUGUCUGAUAACUGCAGUGCAGAUGGGAAUAUUUGUUGCAUUUUAUAAUUGCUAACUAAGUGACACAGGAGCAGAUUAGGAGAAAUAGGAGUCUGGAGGUAGUAGACCGAGCCUAAUAGAUUGUAAGGAGGGAAUUAUGGGAGUUUUGGCUGACAUAAACCUUUCAGCGCUGGAGGAAAAAAGAAGGGCGAAAAAGGAUGGAAAUGGGAUGUGGGGGGGGGGAUGCUUUACAGUAAGUCUGACAUCACCCUCUGAUGUAGAGCCACACAGGGCUGGAUUCACUGUUACACUCUAAUGUAAAAAAUCCAUGCAGUGAGGGUGGUCGACGGUUUGUCAGAGGGAGACCUACCACAUACAGGAAAAGGGUCACCACAGUAUACACUUAAAAAAGAGGAGCGGCCGAGAGAUGGUCAAAGAGCAGGAAAAAGCCUUUCUUGUGUCAAAAGUAAGAUAUCAAAUACAAAUUCAAGGUGUUUAGCAAAGUGGGACACAAAUAUCUCAAUCUUUGAUCCUUUGAAAUGAAUCUGAUUGAUUGUAGUCAGACAAAGCCUCUUAGGAAACCGAGGUCAGCACUUUAAUUUUCAGGAAUAUCUGCUCUAAUAUAUUCAGAUGUCUGUAUACCACAAAAAGUUCCUAAAAAAGAGCCAAGAAUCCUAAGAGUUGAACCCAACUAUUUGAUCUAUACCAUCUUAAAGUGAAAACAGACCCCGCGCUCUGCUCUCUUACUUACGGGGCCAAAAAUCUUAUUGUUCCUCCAUUUCCUAAUUUGCAGCUGGCUGCUGAUGAGAAAAUGGAGCUGCAGCAGCAGUGAGCUGUUUAUCUUGGUAGCCGUCACUGUUAUGCUUUCUUCGCUCACAGAUGUCUCUUUUUAACUCCUGACAGAGCUUCCAAGAUUCCUCUAAGUCACGCCACUGACAGACACAUUGACAGACUGACACACUGAGGGAAAGACAAUGCUCUGUUUCAUUGCAAGCAUAAACUUGAUCUGAAAGCCGUUUGGGGCUCCCGCUGCUCCAGUGUGCACAAGCGUUAGCGUACUUGAUGUGUUUGUGUUUGUUUUCUGCGAGGAUGUGUAAAUCUGGAUCUGGUUCCCAGCAGGAAAAAAAAAGUCUGAAAAAUGCAUAAAUUAUUCAAAGACAAGCAGUUGCACAAACAACCAUGUAAUGUAAACCAGGUGCUGACUUGGUUACUUAAAUCUUCUCUGAUACUACACUGUGUUUCUUUGUUUCUAACCAUCCUUUUCUCCUCCUUCUUCUUCUUCUUUGCUCUGCUUGUUCUUCCCGCAGCUGGCCGUCCUGAGGGCAGUGCCCAGAGGAAUGUACGACGGGCCCGUGUCUGAAUUCUCCCUCUCCCGUGGUGGUACCCCCUCUGCCUCAGCGCGUACCUCUCCCACCAAACAGCCUGUCAGAAACCUGCAUCAGUCUGGAUUUAGUCUAGCAGGUAACCCUGCACCCUGCGGUGAGCCCAGCUUCUUUCUACACCCCCCUGCCCAUUUACCACUCAGUCCCUCUCAUCUGUUCGGUGUGUACUGAUUCAUGUCGGAGCACGUAUGUUCAUUAGUCCAUGCUGUGACAAACAUGAGACUUUUAGCAUGUAGCCUCUCUCUCUUAAUAGGCCAUGAUAAUAAGCCGUAAGCCUGUAGCAUGACUGAGCUGAGAGUCUCUCAUUAUUCUGCUUCGUGCUUUAUGAUGUGCCGAGUAUGGCAUGCAUUUAUUGGCAGUAUUACAGGCUCCUCUUUAGCGGGUUUAUACAGAGUUUAUAUGACAAUUUGCCUGUUUAUGUUUGUCAUAAAGUUGGCUCCUUUGCGUUUUUAUGACUCAACAAACAGACAGCAUGAAACUGAAUUUAUGUCUAUAAUCAGUGAAGGUCGGCUGGUUCAGUGUGGUUAGACAUGAAGUCAUCAUCUUAAUUUAAAACAAUACAAAUUCUGUUUUCACUCAUACUCAUCCAUAAUCUAAACUGUAUAGGACAUUUUUUUUGCAAACACACAGAAAAUGAUCGCCUCUAUUAUCCAGCAUUUCUGCAUGAUUUUGGCCCAGAUUUUUUGUUUCCUUUAAUUUCAAAGCAUGCAUACAGUUUAUUGAGCGCUCUUUCCUUAUUCUAUAUCUCAAUAUAUUCACUUUUCUUCCUUAGUGCGUGCAGAAACUCUGUGAAAUGACUCACCUCUAAAAAAAAACGCACCUCUGAUCCUCCCUCGUGCUCUAUUUUAAUCCUUUUUUGAUCACAUUCAGGACACUCUGACCUCAAACCACAUCCACUUUGCGAUGUCAAGUUACAGUCGGAAGUGUCUUUUUUUUCCAUUAGCACUUGUAAGUCACGGUGGAAAUGAAAUUUGGCUGAAGGCCUGAAUUGUUCAGCGUACAAGAUGUCAUUUAAGGCAUCUGGACAUGGUCUAUGAGGACAGCCUAUCUAAUGUGAGAGAUCACAACACCAUAUGGUCACAUUCAACAUCUGUUCCAUUACGCAGAGCUGCUGAGUGACAGUCUAAUGAUGUUCGAAUGUAAGGUCAGCACUGAGUUAGCUCCGAUGUAGAAAGUGAGUGAAUAAAAAACCUUUUUUUUUUGUCAGGAACUGAGACUCUAAACUCAAAAAGCAGAUAGUGAGUAUUUACACUGCUUUAUGUCAAACAGAGAAACCAGAGCUGGUCAUUGUGUCCUGUCUGGUGGACUAAAUGUGUCUGUGUAAAUCAAUGACAGCAAACUCUUCAAACCUGGACACAGCACAGCUGCGCUCACCGCAGUCUUGGAUGGUUUUGUCAAUGCAUACAGCAGGCCUGUGCAGUUUCCUCUGUGAAAGGGUCACUUAUAAACCUAUGUGGACCUCCAGAGCGAGAAAUACAGAUGCAGCUCACAAAAGUAGAAUCUCACGAAAAGUUAGUUUUUUUCCCCCAUGGGUGAAUUAAAAAAGUGAAACUUCUGGAUAAUUUAUGGUGACCAUAUUCUGAUUCCCCUAAAAGAGGACACGACUAUGCAAGGUGGAGUCACAGAGUCACACUCAGUACAUUUUGAGUUUUUCGGGUCGGGUUGAGUGUUUUUACGGGCUUAUAACUCAGUAAGUCCACACAACACAAACUUAAAACUUCCAUGCAAAACCCCGGCCGGACAGCCCCCCCAAAAACAUGUCUGGGCAAAAGAGGACAUAUGACUCAAUAAGCUGAUUAUAGUUCUUUUCAGGACUGAAAAACUAACUUUUCCACAGUCUUCUUAUUUUUUUGUGAGCUUUAACCAUCAAGAUUCAAACAAUAUAAGUCUUGAAAUAUUUCAUUUUCUGUGUGAUGAAUCUAGGAGUUUCACUUUUUGUGUAAAUUCUGUAGUUAAGUUUCUAACUGGACAAAAUUAUAGAAAAAUGAAUGACCCAGAACCUUUCCUUUUAUAUUUGCAGUUUUCAUUGAUUAAUAAAAGGCCAGAUUGAGGUCAUUCAAGGGCCCGAUCCAGCCUCAGGGCACACAGUUUCAUGUCAAAUAGUUUAAAAAAAAAAGAAACUCAUUGUGGGAAAGAAGUCCUAAGUAGAAAUGUUUUGGCUGUGUUUAGCAACCUGCUUUUACAAGCAUAUCUGAUGUAUGUAAUAGCUCAUCGAUGAACAAAGAGCGUGACCUCCUCUGGAAAGAAUUCCCACUUUUAGGUUCAUAAAUUUAGAGAGGAGUAAAGCAGCUCCUGGUUUCUCAGGCUUUGUAAUCAUUCUGUGUGUUUAAGAAUACACACCCUCCUGUAUGACUGCACUGAGUCAGUCUCUUGUCUAUUUUAGUUUUUCCAGAGCCACCACAUACAGAGUGGAUUAACUUGUCUGGAAGGAGUGUUUGCUUACAUGCAGCAUCGUAUCGCAGUCUGACAUCAUUCGACUUUCCAUGUAUGUGCUAAUUUGUUGCAGCAGAUGCCCCUGCUGGCUCUCUCUCUCUUCGGAAACCCCAUGCUUUAUGUCAGGCUGUAGUUUCUUUUGUUCAUGUUUCAGCAGCACUAAUACGGGUCAUGGUUUGCAAAAAAUUUGCAGUCGUCUGUCUUUUUAGUGACAUAGAAAAUAUAUCAGGGAAAAUAAUGAUGUGUCUUCAAUGAUUGGAAGAAAUAGUCCAAUUAUUAAAGGACUUUUAUUACUUAUAGUGGUGUAGUUUUAGGAGAGGGAAAAUUCUGGUAUUGGAAAUAUGGUCGGCGAUUUAUUAGGGGUAAAUACAUCCUUCCUCUUUGGGAAUUUUAACCAAUUUGCAUCAACAUAAAAGAAACUACUUGUACUGACUCAGCAGUAUUGGUCGAAGGAUGUUAGUUAGGCUGCACUUAAAAGAAAUCACACAAGUUUGUGGCAACGAAUCACUGUUUGAUGUUAAGAGCCUCAAAGGAUGUAACUACUGCAAAACGUUUUUAGUGUAUUACAUUAAGGUAUGUUAGUCUCUCUUUGAAUUUCCUACAUGAUUUACUUUAUCACUCUUGGACGAUUUGUACUUUUUCCAGGCUGUUCAUGUAAAAACGCUCCUCUUCUUCUCCUCCAUCAUUGUGUCUUAUGAAAUUUUGAUUCGCCUGGUUUCCAGUUUGGCCUCCCUGCCCUUCUUGUUCGGUCUCCCGGGCUUCUUCACCAUGGAACUCUCUUAAUCCUUCCUUUUCUCUCCUUCCAGGUCCCCCAACCCCUGAUGACAUCCCCAUCAGGCCUGCUGGCCGCCGUAUCGUAGUGCCCCCUGGUGGUCGUUCCAACAUCACAUCCCUCAGUUAA